CGCGUUCAGUCAUUGUCCGACCAACAUUUCGGUCGCACAUCCAACGUCGACCGGCUUUGUCGCUACCACAGUUGUCGUUCGAGUGUCCGCUGAACGAACGGUGAACUCUGAUCUUUGGAGUAUAGUUGUAGUGUUGAGUGAUAGUGUGUUUUUAGCCAUACAAUUGCAAGUGUAUUGCUAACAAGUAUUACUAUCGACGGUGUGUGGCGAAUUCCUCGGAAUUACCUAACGGCUGUUCGCCUGACAGCGAGGGAAGGCGGAUCGUCGUUGCUAUCGGGAGGAAUGAGCCCCGUACAUUACCGUUCCCGCACUCACCGAUGAUCUCAAGAGACCAUGUAUAUAGACAGUCUACCGCUCGUGGUUUGGACGCUCUUAGUCACAACGACACAUGUAGCGACACAAAGCCAGUAUGGAAUAGGCUUAGGAAUAAAACGAGAAGUAUUUUUCUUAAAUUUAGAAGACGGCUACUUUGGUUGUCAAGUUAACGAAUCAACACAAAUUUUGCAAUUAUAUGAACUAUCGAAACUAUGCGACGGUGUUACGGAUUGUUACAAAGGCUCUGAUGAGUUGAAGUCGGAGUUAAAAUGUUCAGACGAUUGUACCAAAGAAGAUGGCGCCCAGUGUGUGAACGGUGCCUGUCUAAACGGUGUGUGCCAUUGUAAUGACGGUUUCGGCGGCUGCAACUGCCAAGACCCCGAUAUAAAUGAAUGCAAAGACAGGCCCUGUGAUGUUUUUGCACACUGUACAAACACCGUCGGCAGUUUUCAAUGUUCUUGCUUUCCCGGUUAUGAGGGCGACGGUUUUACUUGCAGAGAUAUAAACGAAUGUGAAGACCCGGCUAUAGCAUCUCGUUGUGUUGAAAACGCGGAAUGCUGUAAUCUGCCAGCUCACUUUAUCUGCAAAUGCAACCGUGGCUUUGAAGGCGACGGCGAAGAAGAAUGCAGAGAUAUCGAUGAAUGUCGUCGACCUGGUGCUUGUGGAACGCAUGCAAUUUGUCGUAAUUAUCCUGGAAACUACACGUGCUCAUGUCAAGCCGGCUACACUGGGAAUCCAUUCGAUGGUUGCGUUGAUGUUGAUGAAUGCAUCAAUGAAUCAACGUGUGGCGAAGUGGCCAUUUGUCGCAACAUAGACGGCGGCUACGAGUGCAGCUGUCCACCUGGCUACGAAGGCGAUCCACGAGUCGCAUGUCAUGAUCAUGACGAGUGCGCUCGCGCUGCCUGCGGUCGCGGUGCUUUGUGUGAAAAUCUUCCGGGAGCAUACCGCUGCGUCUGCCCGCCAGGUUUUGAUGGAAACCCCGAUGUUCUCUGUUCCGACGUGGAUGAAUGUAAGAGUAGCGAGACUGUGUGCGGUGCACAUGCUGUCUGCACGAACACGGCAGGCAGCUAUGUGUGCACUUGCGCGCCUGAAUACACCGGAGACGCAUACGCGCAAGAUGGUUGCCUGGACUUGGACGAAUGUCAGACGCUAGAGAAGCCGUGUGGAACAAAUGCUAUUUGUGAAAACUCUGCGCCAGGCUACAAUUGCGUCUGUCCUCAAGGAUUCGCAGCACAACCAGACCCUCAAAUUGCAUGUGAACAGGUUGACGUCAAUAUUCUGUGCAAAUCAAACUUUGAUUGCACUAAUAAUGCCGAGUGUAUUGAUCAUCAAUGUUUCUGCAAGGAAGGCUUCAAUGCCAAGGGCUCCAUCUGCGAAGACGUUGAUGAGUGUUCAAAUAAUAAAUCAGUAUGCGGUGAAAAUGCUUUAUGUAUUAAUAUUCCCGGGGGCUACAAUUGCCAAUGUGCUGCGGGAUUUGUUGGAUCUCCGCCAAAGAUUGGAUGUCGUGCCCCUUGUGAAGAUGUUAAAUGUGGAAAACAUGCUUAUUGUAAGCCUGAUGGAAUGGAGGCGUAUUGUGUUUGUGAAGAUGGAUGGACAUUUAAUCCCCAUGAUAUAGCAGCUGGUUGUAUUGAUUUAGACGAAUGCGACAUAUCACUGGGUCCAGUAGGCCGCUGUGGAAAAAAUGCCAUUUGCUCAAACACUCCUGGAAGUUUUUCAUGUAAUUGUCCCGAAGGAUAUACUGGUGAUGCAUACAAACAGUGUUCAGAUAUUGAUGAAUGUCAAUUAGAAGGAGCAUGUGGCUUAGGAGCCGAUUGUUUGAAUCGAGAUGGAUCUUAUAGUUGCGAAUGUCCCGACGGUACUAUACCAGAUCCAGACCCACACAUACGAUGCGCUGAAAUUCUUGCUUGCAAAGGAGACAAGGACUGUCCUGGAAAUGCAGUAUGUGAUUCUAAUGCUAGGUGUUUGUGCCCCGAGCCCAAUAUCGGAAAUGAUUGCCGACAUCCUUGUGAAUCUCUGCAAUGUGGCACUAAUUCAGAGUGCUUAUUAAGUGAUCAAGAAGCCCAAUGUACUUGCAAGAGUGGAUUCACAGGUGAUCCAUCUUCACUACUAGGGUGUCAGGAUAUGAAUGAGUGUGAUGAAAAACCAUGCGGCGUAGGUGCUGUCUGUAAAAAUCUACCAGGACGUUUUCAAUGUGAAUGUCCUGCGACGUUCACUGGAAAUCCAUACGUUGAAGGAUGUAAUCCUGGUAAAAUACUAAGCGAGUGUAGCAACUUAAAUCCUUGUCCAGAAGGUGAACAAUGUAUUUUACAUGAUGGUGGAAAUGUUUGUAUUUGCCCUCAAGGAUUCACACGUAAUUCUGAAACUGGAUUAUGUGAAGAUAUUAACGAAUGUGUUCAACACGGACGUUCUCCAUGUGGUUUAAAUGCUAUUUGUAAAAAUCUACCUGGAAGCUAUGAAUGUAAAUGUCCUCAGGAUUAUAGUGGUAACCCAUAUAAAAUUUGCGAGCUUUGUGAUGACAUUUCAUGCCAGUGUCAACCACCAUAUAAAAUGAUAGACGGAAGCUGUGUUCUUUCUGGUUGCGGUAAAGAUAAUAAAUGUGGUACAGGCGCAGAAUGCAUUGUAAUUUCUGAUGAAGUUAGUUAUUGUGCAUGUCCAGCCGGUUACACGCAGACCAGUGACAGUACUUGUGAAGACAUUAAUGAAUGCACCUCAGGCACACCUGUAUGUGGAUUUGGGGCAGAAUGUAUAAAUACCGUGGGCUCUUUUGAAUGUAAAUGUCCUCCCGGAUAUAGUAAAGACAAGAUCGAAGGACACUGUUCAUUAAACCAAAAACGAUGCAUUAGUGAUUCCGAUUGUUUCCCUAACGAAAAAUGCGUUCAACCAGGUAAAUGUAUGUGCCCUCCGCCGUUUUAUUUAGAUGUCACAGAUGGGCAAAAGUGCAAAAGUCCUUGCGAACGUUUUACUUGUGGUAUUAACGCUAAAUGCACUCCAAGUGAUCCACCGCGUUGCAUGUGUAUGGCUGGUUAUGAAGGCGAUCCUUACACCGGUUGCACGAAAAGAAACGAAUGUCACAGUUCUCCUUGCGCAUACGGAGCUAUUUGUCAUGAUCAAAAAGGGGGUUAUAAAUGCGAUUGUCCACCGAAUAUGAUCGGAGAUCCAUACAGGAGUGGAUGCGUAUUUGAAGAGGAACCAACACAAAAACAUUUAUGUAGCUCUGAUGAUCAAUGCCCUAAUACAUUAGCAUGCUUAAAUCAUACAUGCAUCUCACCAUGUGCCACCAUUUCUUGUGGACCAAAUGCAUUUUGUGAAGUUGAAAAUCAUGCAGCAUGGUGUCGAUGCGAUCCAGGUUACACCAAACCUGAAGGUGGAAAAUGUAUUUCAGCAUGUGACACAUAUAAUUGUGCCCCAGGAGCUCAGUGUAUUAUUUCGAAAACGGGACCGACAUGUGUUUGCGUUGAGGGCUUUGUAGGAAAUCCGUUUCCUGGUGGUUCGUGCAGUAGAGACCAGUGUGGACCAGGGAUUCCAUGUGAAGAUCCUUUGACCUGUGUGGCUGGACGUUGCAGACAACGAUGUGAGGGAGUUCUUUGUGGUGUUGGCGCGACUUGUGACUCUCAAACCGGUAGAUGUGUUUGUAAUCCAUUCUUCAUUGGAAAUCCGGAUUUGUUGUGCAUGCCACCUGUCUCUCCACCAGCUUGUGAACCCAAUUGUGGAACCAAUGCACAUUGCGUAUAUGGAAAAGACAACAUUUGCAAAUGCAAUAAAGGUUUCACAGGAAAUCCGUAUAAAAAGUGUUUAUCACGUAAACAAAUAACAUGCGCCACAGCCUCCUGCGGUCGAAAUGCUGUGUGUCAACAAACGAAAUCUUCCAUAGAAUGUUUAUGUCCACCAGGUUAUGUAGGGAAUCCUAAUAUUCAAUGUAAAGAUAUAGAUGAAUGUGGUACAAAUCCAUGUGGUGAGAACGCACUUUGUAUUAAUACGCCAGGAAGUUUUAGUUGUAUAUGUAGGAGCAGAUACGUCGGUAACCCAUAUGAAUUGUGCUCACAAGUUUCAGUUGCAAAAUGCACUGAUGGCGCUGUGUGUACUUGUUCACAUAAUACUACAUGCCCUCAUGGAUUUGUUUGUGACAAAUCUAAGUGUGUUGAUCUUUGCGAGAAACUUGCGUGCGGACCUAAAUCUGUUUGCGAAGAAGGCGUAUGUCACUGUUUACCAAGUCAUACUGGAGAUCCUAAUGACCUACGAAAAGGCUGCGUACCCGAUGAUAGCUGCCUAGUUGACGGAGAUUGCAAAGAUUCGGAAAUCUGUUUUCAAGUAGCAAAAAACACUCGCAAGUGUGUUGACUCAUGUAGUAAAUUACAAUGUGGACCAAAUUCACUUUGUAUUGGUGCCAACCAUCAAGCCCAUUGCAUUUGUGCAGAUGGAUACAUUGGAAAACCCACAGACGUUAAGGUUGGCUGUCAUUUAGAACAAAGAGAGCCAAAUGAAUUCGAAUGUAAUGACAAUAGCGAUUGCAAUGAGCCUUUUGUUUGUAUGUCACUAGAAGGAUCUACGAAAAGAUGCAUAGACUUAUGUACCACCAUAGCUUGUAGUGCAAAUGAAGUUUGCAGAGUAGUUGCGGAAAGCGCUCGUUGUGAGUGUGAUAAUGGUUUUCUAUGGAAUCCUGUUACCUCGAAUUGCGAACAACCUUCAACGCCAAAUUGUCAAGAAGAUGAUGAUUGCGAUGAUAAUAAAUCGUGUAAUAAAGAUGUUCUAGGUGUCAAAAAAUGUGAGGAUAGCUGCUCUGUUUUCAAUUGUCCUGAAAAUUCUAAAUGUGUAACAAAAAAUCAUAAAAGUAAAUGUGAAUGUAUUAAUGGAUUUAUCGGAAAUCCUAAUGAUCGUGAUGGCUGUUUAGCGAUAGAUAAAAACGAGUGCUCAGAUGACGCACAGUGCAGAGAAAGCGAAGUGUGUAGGACCUUUGGUGGUAAUAAAAAGUGUGUAUCGGCAUGUCAAAACGUCGUGUGUGGUCCUAAUGCUUUUUGUAUUACUAAAAAUCAUAUUGCCAGAUGCCAAUGUCCGUCUGGACCAUUUACUGGAAGUCCUGAUGAUUUAGAAAAAGGAUGCCAAUCUGUACCAUGUGUACAUAAUGAUGAUUGCUUGUCGCACCAAUUGUGUAACCGUAUGACAUACACAUGCAUCAAUGCUUGUACUGUAAAUUCUUGUGGUGAUAAUGCAGUGUGUAUAGCAGAAAAUCAUAAAAUUAUUUGCCAAUGUCCUAAUGGUUACAGUCCCGAUCCGAAGCCUGAAGUAAGCUGCCAAAAAGACGAUGCUUGUAAUUCAAAUCCUUGUCACCCGUCAGCGAUUUGCGAGUCCAGCUUCUCUUCCUUUAGUUGUCAGUGUCCUAAUGGAUAUGUAGGUGAUCCAAUCAAAGACGGCUGUCGAAAACAAGAUAUUUGUCUCAGAGAUGGUGACUGUCCCAGAGAAGCUGUCUGUGUUGAAAAUCGCUGCGUCAAUACUUGUGAUGGAGCAUGCGGGCUCAAUUCAUUAUGUCAAAUUAUCAAUAGAAAGGCCGUUUGUAUGUGUCCAGAGGGAUAUGAAAAAAUACAAGACAAUGCAUGUAAAAAGAAGUUGUUGGCAUGCUCGAGUGAAAAAGAUUGCGGCGGAGACAUUUGUAACAAUGGCCAAUGUUUUACGGCUUGUAAAAACUCAAGCCAGUGUGAAUUUGGAGAUAUAUGCAAAAAUAACCUUUGUGUUGCUCAAUGUAAUAAGCAUACACAAUGUGGACAUGGCCAGGCAUGCAUUGGCGGACAGUGUUUAAUUGGUUGCAGAAAUAAUGAAGAUUGUUUUUCCGAAGAAGCAUGUGUAAACAACAAGUGUGUGAAUCCCUGUCUGACAACAAAACCAUGUGGUCCAAACGCUAUUUGUUCCAGAAUAAACCACAGUACAAAUUGUGAAUGCCCUCUAGGUUUUCAAGGUGCACCGACACCUCAACAAGGCUGCGUCCGAAAACCAAGUGUCUGUGAUAGAACAUCUGAUUGCCCACCGGAUCAUAUGUGCAUAGGGUUUUUGUGUCAAGUACCAUGCAAAGACAGUACUGGUUGUGCUAUUGGAGAAAAAUGUAGUGACAAUAAAUGUUUAAGAAUUUGUCAUUCGAGUACUAAUUGCUUACACGGGGAACAUUGCGAUGCGGGCGUAUGUGUACCGGGAUGUAAAUCAGAUUUAGAUUGCCUGAACAAUCUAGUGUGCAAUAACAUGAAAUGUCAAUGUACUGCUGGAUUCGAACUACGGAACGAAGAAUGUACUAAUUUAAACGAAUGUUUGGAAUAUCCAUGUCAUCCAUCAGCUCAAUGUGUUGAUACUCCAGGAUCUUAUAAAUGUGUCUGCUCAGUAGGAGCUGCUGGUGAUCCUUACAGAAGCGGUUGUUUACUGCCUAAUCAAUGCAGAAAUGAUGAACAGUGUGACAAUUCAUUAGCUUGUAUACAAGGAAAAUGUUCAAAUCCCUGUCAAAACAACACUUGCGGCACAAAUGCAGAAUGUUCUGUUAUGAAUCAUAAUGUAAUGUGUGCUUGCAAAAAAGGAUAUCUCGGAAAUCCAUUUGACAAAAACAUAGGAUGCUUUAAGGUGGAAUGCGUGGAUGAUUCAGACUGCAAUACUGAAAAAUAUUGUGAUUUAAAAUUCAAUAAAUGUUCAGACGUAUGCGAACCGUCAAUCUGCGAUGGUGGCAACUGCAAAAUAGAGAAUCAUAAAAUGCUGUGUACCUGUCCAACAGGAUAUUUGUUCAAAGAUAAAAAAUGCGUAGACUUAAAUGAAUGUCUUAGCAGCCCAUGUCCGCUUAAUUCGAAGUGUUUUAAUACACUCGGAUCUUACAAAUGCGAAUGUGUAAAUGGAACAGUACAAGAUACAAUCACGGGCAGCUGUAAGCUUCCAGGAGAUUGUGUUACCGAUGACGAUUGUACUCAAGUAACAAAAUGCUUCAACAACCAUUGUGUCAAUCCUUGCGAAAAAUUGUCACCUUGUGGCGAAAAUGCUAAUUGUUUUGUAACAAAACAUAAAGCUGAGUGUGAGUGUCCGUCUGAUAGUCAAGGUGAUCCCUACAAGAAAUGCAUUAAGUUUGAAUGCACAAAAGACAACCACUGCCCACAAGAGGAGGCGUGUGUUAAUAACAAAUGCAAAAAUGCAUGCAGUUUGCCAAGGGCAUGUGGCCGGAAUGCGGAUUGUUUCUCCAAAAGUCACGUUGGGAACUGUAUCUGCUCGCCUGGUUAUACCGGGGAUCCUGUUCUUGGCUGUGUUCCAAUUCAAUACUGUACCACUGAUGACAGAUGCUCUUCAGGAACAAAAUGCGUGGAUAAUUUAUGCGUUGGCCUGUGUAAAAACUCCAGAGACUGUUUGAACAACCAAGUUUGUAUAAAAAAUACAUGUCGAGUAAGUUGCAGUCUCAACGAUACUUGUCCAGAAUUUCAAUAUUGUUUAAAUAGUAUAUGUACCAAAGAAGUUCAGUGCAUAUCUAACGAUGAUUGUCUGGAUGACGAAAAGUGUUCGACGGGGAAAAAUGGAAUACCUCAAUGUAUUAAAGUUUGCGAUAAACAUCCAUGCGGCCGACAGGCUGAAUGUCUUGGAAAAAAUCAUCAACCAACUUGUUCUUGCGCUUUAGGAUUCUUCGGUGAUCCGUUGGAAGGAUGCCAACGAAAAGAAUGCGACACGGACACAGAAUGCUCUGAAGAUAAAGUAUGUGAUCGUAACAUGUGUAAAAUAGCCUGUCUAGUUAAAAACGAAUGCCGCGAAAAUUCUAUUUGUUCAUCAGAGAAGCAUAAAAAUGUAUGCUAUUGUCAACCUGGCUAUACCGGUGAUCCAAUAAAAGGAUGUACUGAAAUAAAUUGGUGUAAAUUAAGCCCUUGUGCAAAUGGAGCGGAAUGUAAAAGUGCGCGAGACCGGGCAGAAUGUACAUGUCCAGCAAAUACUGUGGGAAAUCCGUACGAAGAAGGAUGUCGGAAGGCUGAAGAGUGUAGGUUUAACCGAGAUUGUCCAACUGCUGCACGUUGUACCGUUAUCGAUGGUACAAGGAAGUGUACAGAUGCCUGUGAAAAUGUAAAAUGUGGAUUAAAUGCAGAAUGUUUCGCUUCGAGACAUAGCGCUCAGUGCAGAUGUAAAACUGGAUUCAUAGGAAACGCUAAUAGUGAGAAAGGAUGUCACCUACGUGAAAUAUCGUGUACUUCUAAAUCGAACUGUCCCGAUGAUCAGUAUUGCCACAAGGGAAUUUGCAAAGCUUUAUGCCUCCUGGACGAAGAAUGUGCAUCCAACGAGAAAUGCUUCGGCGGACAGUGCCUUAAUCCAUGUCAGUUAGAAAAAACUUGUGGCUUAAAUGCUAUAUGUCGGACUGAUAACCACAUUGUUCAAUGCAGCUGUCCUCAAAGUUUUACAGGAAAUCAAGACAUGGAAUGCAUUCGAAUUCCGAGAUUGUGCGGUUCAGCUGGUGAUUGUGAAAAUGGCCACAUGUGCAAAGAUUCCAUGUGCAUUCCUCGAUGUAAUAUCGAUGAAGAAUGUGCUUUGAACGAAAGGUGCACGAAAGGUGGAUGUUUAUUGACUUGUCGGGUUGAUAAUGAUUGUUUCCCAGGACACAUUUGUCUAGAACAAAGUUGUCAAUAUGGCUGUAGAUACGACGAUGAUUGUGGGCCUGAAGAAUUUUGCAAGAAUGAUGUUUGCAAAAAUCCUUGUGAUAGUGAUGUGAAUCCUUGUGGACCAAAUGCUGUAUGUUCAGUCUUGGAGAGAAUAGCACAUUGUUCGUGUAUUGAGGGCUUGAUACCGAAUCCAACGCCAAAUAUUGGUUGUAUCCGUGCUCCGUCAUCAGAAUGUCGUCAAAACACUGAUUGUACAGAUGGAUGGACAUGUGAGGACAGCCGAUGCAGACCUGCAUGCACAGCCGAUGGCUCACAAUGCUUGCAAGGAGAAAGGUGCGACGAAGGUGUCUGUCGUUAUGCGUGUACCUCAGAUGAACAUUGUUCCGAUGAUGAAAUAUGUGACGGACGCUCAUGCACCAUAGGGUGCAGGUCGAAUUCACAUUGUUCAAGUAAAUUAGCUUGUAUAUCAGGACAGUGUCGGGACCCAUGCACCGAACCGGCAAGUUGUGGAAUUAAUGCGAUCUGUGCCACGAAAGAUCAUCAACCUGUUUGUACAUGUCCACGAAAGUUAGCAGGUGACCCUAAGUUAGUGUGCUCGCGAGUCACCACUUCUUGUGGUUCUAACCAAAACUGUCCAGAUGGUUUUAGUUGUUAUGGAGAUACAUGCCAUCCGUCCUGCAGGAGCGAUAAUGUCUGUUUGUCUAACGAAAAAUGUAUACGAGGUAUCUGCAGAACAAUUUGUAAUAGUGACACUGCCUGUAGUGAGGGUUACAUUUGCGAGAAUCGGAUUUGUAAGCAGGGCUGUCGCGAUGAUAAUGCUUGCGAAGAAACACAUGCAUGUGUCAAAGGACAAUGCAAAGAUCCAUGUAGUCAAGGUGCAUGUGGAAUUUGUUCGGAAUGUAAAGUUCAGAAUCAUCGUCCUCAGUGCAGCUGUGCCAGCAACUAUACAGGCAACCCCCUUGUAGAGUGCCGAAGGAAAAAGACUUUGUGUGAUGGUUUUUGUCCGUGCGAUCAGAGUGGUUAUUGUAUUUCGUUAUGCGAUGAGAACUCGGACUGCCCUUGCGGUGAUAAAUGUAUCGAAGGAGGAUGCCUGACUCGAUGCUCUCCUAGAAAUAAAUGUCCAGAGAGACAAAUUUGUCAGCAAGGCGUUUGUACUCCUGGUUGUAACAACGACAAAGAUUGCAGCGAUGAUAUGUUUUGUUCUUCAAAUUUAUGCGUGAAUGCAUGCCAAGAGGAGUCUUGCGGCAUAAAUGCUCUUUGCCUUACUACAAGACAUCGUGCUGUCUGCAGCUGUCCAAGUGGAUAUUCCGGUGAUCCUUUAAAAGAAUGUAAUCAAUUCGAAUGCCAGAAUAACGAAGACUGUGGCACCGAUGAGGAGUGUUAUACCGACGGCAAAUGUAAAAAUGUGUGUUCGGGGGCUUGUGGGCUCAAUGCUUUAUGUCGUUCAGUCGACCGAUCACCUCAGUGUUCAUGUCCACCUAAUUAUCAAGGUAACCCACAAAUUGAGUGUACUAAACCAACAACAGGCAGUUGUCUACGUAAUCCGUGCGGCGUAAAUGCAAGAUGUCGCGACCUGGACGACGGUAGUUAUGAAUGUACAUGUCCACCGAAUUGUGCUGGAAAUCCACAGAGACAGUGUUUUUGUGGCAAAAUGGAGCCGUGUGCAUACAAACCGUGCGGUACUAAUGCGCAAUGUCGAGUGAAUCGUAUCGGCGAAGCACAAUGCUAUUGUCCCCGUAACUAUCCAAAUGGAGAUCCCAAUAUUGAAUGUGCCCAAGAACGCAGUGUGAUUGAUUGUCGAACUACGGGCUGUGGUAUUAAUGGUGAAUGUUUAAGGGAAGGUGCGGAAUUUGUGUGUCGCUGCGUACCUGGAACCGAAGGUCAAGCCGAUAUCGAAUGUCAUACUAGUAUCGAAUGCACGAGUGACGUGGAAUGCCCUGUCGAUAAAGUGUGUCUGAGCUUACACUGUGUGGACCCGUGCACGCUGCGAGGCGCCUGUGGGGAAGAUGCUCUUUGUGCACCACUGAUGCACAUGGCUCAAUGCUCGUGUCCGCAAUGUUAUGUCGGCCAGCCAAGGAUCUCUUGUAGACUCGAUCCCAACUGCAAACCGACAACAGACUACAACUCAACAUUCAGUUGUUCCGAAGAUAAACCUUGUCCACCAAAACUAGCCUGUGAUCUCAACAGUAAUCAAUGCCGAAAUCCUUGUCUCGGUUAUCAAAAUUGUAAGCUAAAUCAAAAAUGUGAAGUAAGAGAUCAUAAGCCCGUAUGUGUAUGUCGUAAUGGAUUCGCCCUAAAUGAAAAAGGUGAGCUAACAUGUGCCCCAGAGCACGCAGAAUGUACAAGAGAUGACCAAUGUCCAUCAAAUGCGGCCUGCCGUGAUUACAAAUGUGUGAAUCCUUGUUUGACAUCAAAAGAACCAAUUUGUCCAAAAGGGAAACAGUGCGAAGUACUUGAUCAUCGUGCCAUGUGUUUAUGUGUACAAGACUGUAAUCCAUCCGUAUCGAUAUGUCGGACAGACAAAGGGUGUCCAAACAAUUUAGCUUGCAGAGAUUAUCAAUGCAAGGAUCCAUGUAAUGGUGCUUGCGGAGGUGCUCCGUGCACUGUAGAAGACCACCACCCUGUAUGCAAGUUCUGUCCACAUGGGUUCACACAUGACGAAAAACAUGGCUGUAUCAAAGCUGUAGAAUGCAGCGAUCACGAGCAGUGUCCCAGCAAUAUGGCGUGCAUGGCUGAUCGUUGCGCCGACCCUUGUUCUCAAGGUGGACCUUGCACUCCCGGGCAGUCUUGCACUGUUUUAAAUCAUCAGCCAGUAUGUUCUAAAGUUUGUCAGUGUCAAACCUCAUCGGAUUGUGUCAGCUAUUCAAAUUCUGUCUGCGACGGCUGUAAUUGUGUUCUGGGCGAUAAACCAAAGACGAACUGCGCUCAUUGCAGACCAGGUGUUCCUUGCGAUCCCUUCUCUGGAGCUUGUAUGGAAAUUGGAUGCACGCGAAACGACGACUGUCAAUCUACAGAGGCUUGUAUAAAUAAUGCAUGUCAACACCCUUGUGCCAUACACAACCCAUGCGCACCUAAUGCUGUAUGUAUAAACACAAACCAUGGAUCUGACUGUAGCUGUGUGGAAGGUUUUCAAGGCAACGGAUACGUUGGUUGUGUACCAGUUGUGGAAUCUACAUCAGUAUGUCAAUAUAACGAGGAUUGUCCACCUGAAUUACUAUGCGAUAGAUUAAAUAGAAAAUGCAUUAAUCCUUGUGCAAUUAACAAAUGUGGAGAUAAUGCUGAAUGUUUACCUUCAAAUCAUGGUAUACAAUGUAAAUGUGCCCCUGGUUUUACUGGUAAUGCCUUCCUGGAAUGCUAUCAAGUUCAAGGCUGUCGUUCAGAUAACGAGUGUGCCAAUUCUGAAGCGUGUAUAAAUGGUAAAUGUGGUUCUCCAUGCCGUUGUGGUAUAAACGCUGUCUGUGAUGUAAUUAACCAUCGAGCAUCUUGUAAAUGUCUACAAGGAUAUACCGGUAAUCCACAAAUUGGUUGUGAACCACCAACAAAUCCAUGUAGUCCGAACCCUUGUGGAAUAAAUGCAUUAUGUGAAAUCGACAACGGAAAUCCAAUUUGUUACUGUCCGAAAGGCUUAACCGGAAAUCCUUUCAAGAAUUGCAUCCCAGAAGGAAACGAAUGUGAACCAAAUCCAUGUGGACCAAACUCAGGAUGUCGACUAAUAGAUGAUAAACCAGCCUGUUUCUGUCUACCAAAUUACGAAGGGAGUCCGCCAAGAAUGCCAUGCAAAUUACCAAACAAUCCCUGUAAUCCAUCACCUUGCGGUCCUAACACUCAAUGUACAGUACUGUCUAAUGGAUUUUCAAAGUGUUCUUGUUUACCUGGUUAUGUCGAAAGCCCGAAUACUGUUCGUGGAUGUAUUGAAGCACGAAACCCUUGCGAACCGAGUCCCUGCGGAGUCGGCGCUCGAUGUGAUCCAAACAAAACUCCAUCUUGUUUCUGUCCAGAAAAUACUGUUGGAAAUCCAUACAAAUCAUGCGACAGUAACCGUGGAUAUCUUCCACCAGUUGCGAAUGUUCUCUGUCAGCCAGGACCAUGUGGACCAAAUGCGGAUUGUUUUGUUAGUAGCAAUAGAGAAGUGUGCUAUUGCAAAACUGGUUUUAGUGGUGACCCAUAUCUGGGUUGCCAAAAUCAAAUAAGUCCUUGUGCUCCCAACGCUUGUGGACCACGAGCAAUCUGUCAAGUAAAGUUUGAUGGACAAGCCUUCUGUGUGUGUCCUGAAGGAAGUGUGGGUGAUGCUUACAGCAUUGAAGGCUGUAUUUUACGGGAAUGUGAGGUCGAUGAUGGCUGUCCCACAAAUAAAGCAUGUAUUGGAUAUAGUUGCCAAGAUCCCUGUCCUGGAGUAUGUGGGUUGAAUACCAAAUGUCACGUAGAGGCUCAUCGACCAGUAUGUUUCUGUGAAGAAGGUUUCAUCGGAAAUCCAUUAAUAUGUUGUCUUCCACCCGAAGAUCAGAAAUCAAUAUCACCAUGUAACAAAAUACAAUGUGGUAUUAACGCAAUCUGUCAAGAAGUCGGAGAUAGAGCCGUUUGCUCUUGUCCACUUGAUUUCAUUGGUGAUCCAACAAUAGAAUGUAAGCCUGAAUGUAUGAUGAACUCCGAUUGUUCCUCGAACGAAGCUUGCAUUAACAAAAAAUGUAUUGAUCCUUGUGCAUCUGCCAACAUCUGUGGAAUAAAUGCUGUUUGCCUAUGUUCAGAUCAUACUGUUUCUUGUCUGUGUCCCGAUGGUUAUAUAGGAGAUCCGUUAACUCAAUGUAUAUACAAACCUAUAAUAAUUGUACCAGAUAAUUCUACAGCGCAGCCUUGUUCACCAAAUCCAUGCGAUCAAAAUGCGCCUUGUGAUACUUAUGGUAACCAGUUUGCAAUUUGCGACGCAUGUGUUGGACUGAAUUCUUUAAAUAACCCAUCGUGUAGACCGGAGUGCGUUUUGAAUUCGGAUUGUAGUUUUGAUAAAUCUUGCUUAAGAAACAAGUGCUUGAAUCCUUGCCCUGGUUCUUGUGGUAUAAAUGCAGAGUGCACAGUUUAUAAUCACGAUCCAGUUUGCCAGUGCGUUAAUGGUUUCGAAGGGAAUCCAUACGAACAUUGUAAACCAAGUGUCCGGCCUAUCACACAUGAAACUUGCAACAAUGUGCAAUGCGGUGCAAAUGCAAUUUGUAGAGACUUCAAUGGUGCUUUAGCUUGCCAUUGUCUGCCCGACUUUUAUGGAAAUCCUUAUAUUUCGUGCCGACCGCAAUGUGUUGUUAACAGCGACUGUUCACCGGAAUUGGCUUGUUUCCACAAUAAAUGCGAAGACCCUUGUACAAAUGUGUGUGGCAUAGGAGCUUUGUGUAAAACAGUCAAUCAUCAUGCCGUGUGCUAUUGUGAAUCUGGACAAAUUGGAGAUCCUUAUGUUAGAUGCCAAAACGCACCAGCGUUGCCUCCUUCUUUAUCUGUAUGUGAUCCAUCUCCUUGUGGGCCUUACAGUCGUUGUCUUGUUUCAUCUAACGGUUUUGCAAUGUGUUCCUGUUUACCAGGACAUAAAGGGAUAGCCCCUAUGUGUCAACCAGAAUGUGUCAGUAAUGCAGAUUGUCAACAGAUGGAAACAUGUGUUAAUCAACGAUGCAUAAACCCUUGCCUCGGUAGUUGUGGUGUUAACGCUGACUGUGUUGUUGUUAAUCACAACCCAAUAUGUACCUGUAGUCGAGGAAAAUCUGGUGACCCCUUUGUAGCCUGUACUGAUAUAACAGAAGUGGUGCCUUCCGAAAGAAAUCCAUGUGUACCUUCUCCAUGUGGGCCGAACUCCGUUUGUGAAAUUAAGUCGAAUCACCCAGUAUGUUCAUGUCGACCUAACUACUCUGGUACUCCACCGUACUGUAGACCUGAGUGUGUCAUAAGUCAAGAAUGUCCUUCUAACAAAGCUUGCAUCAAUGAAAAAUGUUUAGACCCAUGUACAGGGGCUUGUGGUAAUAAUGCCAAAUGUGUUGUAAUUAAUCACACGCCGUUAUGUAGCUGUUUAGAUGGAUAUAAAGGCGAUGCAUUCGUAGGAUGCAAUGCAAUUUCAAACGACGAUACCGAGACUCUUUGUAAUCCUUCACCAUGCGGAGAGAACACAAUCUGCAAUGUAAUAAACAAUAUUGCGCGCUGCUCAUGUAUUCCGCCCAACAUAGGAAACCCGUAUGCGGGGGGAUGUCGACCAGAGUGUUCAUUAAACUCAGAUUGUCCGAAUCAUUUGGCUUGUCUGUCAAACCACUGCAGGGAUCCAUGUAAGGAUCUAUGUGGUGUUAAUGCGGAAUGUAUAGUGACUAAUCAUGUACCUGUAUGUACAUGCUUUAGAGGUCACGAAGGAGACCCUUUUAUUGCAUGCAAUCGUCAAGAACAAAAACCACGAAAUCCAGAGAGUCCUUGUGAGCCUUCUCCGUGCGGAGCGAACAGUGACUGCCAUAUAGUGAGCGGUCGAGCGGCAUGUUCUUGUCGUCCGGGCUACUUGGGCGCGCCACCAGCGUGUCGUCCUGAGUGUGCGGUCAACUCAGAUUGUCCUGCUACUAGAGCGUGUAUUAAUCACAAAUGCAAAGAUCCAUGCAUAAAUAGUUGCGGUAUUGACGCUCGUUGCCAUGUUGUUGGACACAAUCCUAUUUGUACGUGUCCCGAAAAUCUCUCGGAAGGUGAUCCAUUCAUUAAGUGCACCAGAAAAACCAUUAUGCCGACACAUACUGAUCCGUGCUUAAUGUCACCGUGUGGACCUUACGCAACAUGUAGAAAUGAAGAUGGACGUGCCAUAUGCGCAUGUGAACCUGGAACUCUUGGAGCACCACCAUCUUGCCGGCCACAAUGUGUUAUUAACCAAGAUUGUCCUUUAGCGCUGGCUUGCCUCGGCGGUAAUUGUGUAAAUCCGUGCAUUGGUUCAUGCGGAUUUAAUGCCCGAUGUUCUGUGCAAAAUCAUCGUCCAGUGUGUUCAUGCGACGACGGAUUCUCUGGUGACCCAUUCGCUGGAUGCAACCCAAUUGAAAUUUCUAAAGAAGCACCUCGUCAACCUUGUCAUCCUUCACCUUGCGGUGCUAAUGCGAUAUGUCGAGAAAAGGAUGGUGCUGGUUCUUGUACAUGCUUAGAUGAUUUUUACGGUGACCCAUAUAGUGGUUGUCGCCCUGAGUGCCUUAUGAAUACAGACUGUGCUAGGGAAAAAUCUUGUUUUAAUAACAGAUGUAUAGACCCUUGUUCUGGGACUUGUGGACAAAACACUCAAUGUAGAGUUGUAAAUCAUGCUCCUUCAUGUUACUGCUUAUCUGGAUUUACGGGAAAUCCUCUUCACGCAUGUGUUCCUGUUAAACCUUUUCCGGAUAAUCUGGAUCCUUGUCACCCUUCGCCCUGUGGACCAUAUAGUAAAUGCCGAAUAUCAAACGGUCAUGCUGUAUGCACAUGUCUUGACAUGUGUAUCGGUUCUCCGCCUAAUUGUCAUCCGGAAUGUAUUGUUAGUUCUGAUUGCCGCUCAGAUAAAGCUUGUAUAAAUCAGAAAUGUCAGGACCCUUGUUCUGGCAUUUGUGGCAUUAACGCGAAAUGCCAAGUGGUGAAUCACAAUCCAAUUUGCAGUUGCUUAAGUGAUUAUACUGGCGAUCCGUUUGUCCGGUGUUAUAUUGAUGACCGCCAAAUGACGCCGAUAAAUAAUUGUGUUCCAAGCCCUUGUGGUCCAAAUUCACAAUGUAAGGAAGUAGACGGAGUAGCAGUUUGCUCAUGCAUUGAAAAUUAUGUGGGUCGUCCCCCUAAUUGUAGACCAGAAUGCGUCAUGAAUGUUGAGUGCUCGGGGAAUUUAGCAUGUAUAGCGGAAAGAUGCAGCGAUCCUUGUCCUGGUUCUUGUGGGUUCCAUGCGAUUUGUACUGUUGUGAAUCAUGUGCCGACGUGUACUUGUGAUCAUGGGUACACAGGUGACCCCUUCUCUGGAUGUUCAUCUAUUCCUUCAAUAGAACCUCAACCACAAAGUCUUUGUUCUCGUUCGCCGUGUGGAGCUAACGCAAUAUGUAAGGAAAGGAACGGAGUUGGAUCAUGUUCAUGUUUACCUGAUUAUUACGGAGACCCAUAUAUUGAAUGUCGCCCUGAGUGUGUUUUGAACUCAGACUGUACUAAAGACAAGGCUUGUAUUAACAACAAGUGUAAAGAUCCAUGCCCUGGUGUUUGUGGUAUGAACGCCGAAUGUCGCGUAAAUAAUCACGCGCCUUCAUGUGCAUGUCUACCUGGGUACGAAGGAAACCCAUUUUCUUCAUGUUACAUAAGUACCUUCGAAGAUCCAGUAAAUCCUUGUGUACCGUCACCUUGUGGUCCUUACAGUUUAUGUCGUGAAAAUAACGGACACGCAAUAUGCUCUUGUCAGGAACAUUACUUUGGUUCACCGCCUUUUUGCCGCCCCGAAUGUAUGGUCAGCAGCGAUUGUAUGCCAAAUAAAGCUUGCAUUAAUAAAAAAUGCGUGGAUCCAUGCUCAGGUGCAUGUGGCAACAACGCUAAAUGUACAGUCGUAAAUCAUAAUCCGUUAUGUAGCUGCCCAAAAGAUUAUACAGGCGAUCCGUUUGUACACUGUUCUUAUGAAACAAGACCAGAACCAAAACCGUCAGGAAAUCCGUGUAUUCCUUCCCCUUGCGGACCUCACUCGCAAUGUCGUGUAAUAGGAGAGACGGCCGCUUGUUCUUGCCAACUCGGAUUUAUUGGUCGUGCUCCUAACUGUCGGCCUGAAUGUAUAUUCGAUGAAGAAUGUCCUAGUAAUCUAGCGUGUAUCCGAGAAAAGUGUGCUAACCCUUGCGAAGGUUCAUGUGGGUCAAACACUAAUUGUGUUGUCAUCAACCAUAAAGCAGUCUGUCAUUGUCGUGAGAGCUAUACUGGCGAUCCUUUCAGUGGAUGUUACUUUAUAGUAACCGUACCGAGUGAAGAAGAAACAAAUCCAUGUAAUCCGUCACCAUGUGGUCCAAACGCUCUAUGUAAAGAACGAAAUUCUGCUGGAUCAUGUACUUGUAUACCUGAUUACUUUGGAGAUCCGUACUUAGGAUGUAGACCCGAAUGUGUCACAAAUAACGACUGCACCUUCGACAAAGCCUGUUCGAAUAACAAGUGCGUAGACCCGUGUCAAGGAGCUUGUGGCAUAAACUCGCAAUGUACAGUAGCACACCAUAAUCCAGUUUGUCUUUGCGUAGAUGGUUAUGAAGGCAAUCCUGCGGUAUCUUGUCAUCCACAGCGUAAACCUCCACUUGCGGAUACAAAUCCUUGCAUACCUUCGCCUUGUGGACCUUAUAGUCAUUGUAAAGUGGUCGAUGACCACGGAGUGUGUUCAUGCCAAGAGGGAUAUAUUGGAUCGCCUCCUGCAUGUAGACCGGAGUGUGUAACAAGUACAGAUUGUCCGCAAAAUCAGGCAUGCAUUCGACAAAAGUGUAAGGAUCCAUGUCCUGGAACUUGCGGCACAAAUGCACGAUGCUUAGUGAUAAACCAUAAUCCAAUUUGUACGUGCAAACCUGGUUUUACUGGAGAUCCGUUCAAUUUCUGUCAAUUAGAACAAAAACCUAUCAUAGAGGGGCCUAAAGGAAACCCAUGCAUUCCUUCGCCAUGCGGUCCAUAUUCUCAAUGUAAAAUAAUCGCAGAUGCGCCUGCAUGUUCAUGCUUGCCCAAUUAUCUUGGUGUUGCACCAAACUGUAGACCUGAAUGCUCGAUAAAUGCUGAAUGUCCGGGUAGUCUUGCAUGUCAAAAUGAAAAAUGUGUGGACCCAUGUCCUGGGUCUUGUGGUUUUAACGCUGAAUGCUCCGUAGCAAAUCACGUAGCAUUAUGUAACUGUAUACCCGGAUACUCUGGUGAUCCAUUCAGUGGAUGUUCAUUAUUUCAACAUAUACCAGAACCCCCACCCAAUCCAUGCAGUCCUUCUCCAUGUGGAGCUAAUGCUAUUUGCAAGGAAAGGAAUGGAGUAGGCUCUUGUACUUGUUUACCAGAAUAUUUCGGAGAUCCAUACACUGGUUGUCGUCCAGAAUGUGUUUCUAAUUCUGACUGCGACCGUAAUAAGGCUUGUUCAAAUAACAGAUGUAAAGAUCCUUGCCCUGGUACUUGUGGUAUUAACGCUGAAUGUAGAACAGUAAACCAUUCUCCAACCUGCUCUUGCUUAACGGGAUACACCGGAGAUCCUUUAGUGAAGUGUGACUUUGAAACUAUAACGGAAAAGAAUGAACCAGUUCAGAAUCCAUGCAAACCAUCGCCUUGCGGCCCCAACAGUCUUUGCAAAGUUGUGAACGGUCAUAGCGUUUGCACUUGUGAUACUGGUUAUAUUGGCACACCACCCUCUUGUCGUCCAGAAUGUCUUGUGAGUGUGGAAUGUUCCCAAGAUAAAGCAUGUAUAGGGAAAAAAUGUCUGGAUCCGUGUCCCAAUACCUGUGGCCUCAAUGCUCGUUGUCAAGUAAUCAAUCACAAUCCUGUAUGCAGCUGUACGCCUGGAUUUACGGGAGAUCCGUUCACUAAGUGUAAUCCUGAAGAACGAAUGGUACAAUCAAAUCCAUGUCAACCAUCACCAUGCGGACCGAACGCAGAAUGUCGAGUAAUCGGUGAUCAAGCAGCUUGUUCUUGUUUACCGAAUUAUAUUGGAAGAGUACCAAACUGUAGACCUGAAUGUACGAUAGAUGCUGAAUGUCCUAGCAACGCGGCUUGUAUCAAUGAGCGUUGUAAAGAUCCUUGCGAGCGUGCAUGUGGUGUAAAUGCCAUGUGCUUAACUGUAAAUCACAAACCGAUUUGUUCUUGCCAGCAAGGUUUUACAGGUGACGCAUCUAUAAGUUGUGAUCAACUUAUCAUAUCAUCAACCGAAAUGACGCCGACAUCAAGUCCAUGUACUCCAUCACCCUGCGGGCCUAAUGCUGAAUGCAGAGAACAUAACGGAGCCGGAGCAUGUGUUUGCUCCGAGGGCUAUGAAGGAGAUCCGUAUAGUCCACAAGGAUGUCGAAGGGAAUGCGAGAGUAAUGAUGAAUGUGCACCUAAUCUAGCUUGCACCCGAUAUAAGUGCAUUGACCCAUGUCCAAGAACAUGUGGACAGUUGGCGCAAUGUAUAGUAGAAAAUCAUGCACCAGUUUGCAGUUGUCCUCGUGGUUAUACUGGAGAUCCAUUCUUCCAGUGCAAACAAAUAUUAAUGGACCCAUCCCCUCCGAAGAACCCUUGUGAACCAACACCUUGCGGCCCCAACAGUCAAUGUAGACAAGUAAACAUGCAAGCUGUAUGUUCUUGUCUUCCAAAUUAUAUUGGAUCUCCACCAUCAUGCAGACCACAAUGUGUUGUAAACAGCGAAUGUGACACAUCGAAAGCUUGCAUUAAUCAAAAGUGUGACGAUCCCUGUCCAAACACGUGCGGACUUAGAGCUCAUUGUUUGGUUAAAAACCACAAUCCGAUAUGUACUUGUCCAGUGGGAAUGACAGGGGAUCCAUUUACACAAUGUUAUCAGAUUCCGCCUACAACUGAACGACCUCCAACAUGUACUCCAUCUCCAUGCGGACCACAUUCUCGAUGUCAGUUGCUAGCCAGUGGACCAGCCUGCUCUUGUUUACCAGGAUAUGUGGGUUCACCACCUUCGUGUCGUCCCGAAUGUACAAUUAAUUCUGAAUGUCCUGCUUCAUUAGCUUGUGUGCGUCAGAAAUGUGAAGAUCCAUGCCCUGGCUCAUGUGGAGUAGAUGCAAAUUGCCAUGUUCUAAAUCACGUUGCCAUAUGUGUUUGCAAUGAAGGUUUCACCGGUGAUCCAUUUUCAAGAUGUCUACCAAUAAGUGGAACACCUACAACGCCAGAACCAUCAGAUCCAUGUAAUCCCUCACCAUGCGGGCCAAAUGCUCGUUGUGAUAACGGAUUCUGUACAUGUUUACCAGACUAUAGUGGAAACCCUUAUGAAUCAUGCCGACCUGAAUGUACCGGCAGUCAAGAAUGUCCUAGGGAUAAGGCCUGCUUUAGAAACAAAUGUCGGGACCCCUGCCCUGGAGUGUGCGGGCUUAAUGCUAAAUGUGAUGUUAUAAACCACAUUCCGACUUGUUCAUGUAUAUCAGACUUUACUGGAAAUCCAUUUACACACUGUAACAGAAUAGAAGGAAAACAAACUGAUAAACCAAGAGACCCCUGCCAUCCUUCGCCUUGUGGACCGAACAGUGUCUGUAAAACUGUUGAUAACGCUGCAGUGUGCGCCUGUUUAGAAUCUUUCCAAGGAACACCGCCAGCUUGUAGACCUGAAUGUAUUGUUAGUUCAGAAUGUCCAUCAACCAAAGCUUGUGUUAAUCAAAAAUGUAUAAAUCCCUGUAUAAACGCUUGCGGCGUGUCAGCACGCUGUGAAGUUAUAAAUCAUAGCCCUAUAUGCAGUUGCAGUCCUGAACAAACAGGAGAUCCUUUCAAGAGCUGUUACGAUGUUGUAAAUACACCACCUGAACCAAUCGAUGCAUGUAAUCCUUCUCCUUGCGGACCAAAUGCUCAGUGCAUCCAACGUAACGAAAAAGCCAAUUGUAGAUGUUUGGAGAAUUACAUUGGCCAGCCUCCUAAUUGUAGACCCGAAUGUGUUAUCAAUCCUGACUGUCCAUCUAAUCAAGCAUGCGUAAGAAAUAAAUGCAUUGACCCGUGUCCAGGUUCUUGUGGUAUUAAUGCUGAUUGUGUGAUAGUAAGUCACACAGUUUCAUGUAUCUGUAGAGAAAAAUAUACUGGAAAUCCCUUUAUGCAAUGUGUUCCACAAGAAGAAAUUGUCACGAAGCCUUGCGAUCCCUCACCUUGUGGUGCUAAUGCUCUGUGUACCCAAAGAGAAGGAGCUGGUUCCUGUUCAUGUUUGGAAGGCUAUCAAGGAAAUCCUUACGAAGGCUGCCGUCCCGAGUGUGUGCUCAGCUCAGAUUGUCCAGCUGAUAAAUCAUGUAUUAGAAAUAAGUGUGCAGACCCAUGCCCAGGAAUUUGUGGUACUAAUGCAGAAUGUAACGUCAUCAAUCAUGUACCAAGCUGCGCAUGUCUUAAAGGAUACUCUGGAAAUCCAUUUACCCAAUGCUCUAAAGAUGAACCUAUAGAAUUUAGUCGACCAUGUCAACCAUCACCAUGUGGGCCUAAUAGUGUCUGCAGAGAAAAUGGAGGAUUAGCAUCUUGUGAAUGUCUACCAGAAUAUAUUGGUGCACCUCCAGACUGUCGACCAGAAUGUACCGUUAGUAAUGAAUGUCCAUCAGAUCGCGCAUGUCAUAAACUGAAAUGUGCGGAUCCUUGCAGAGGUACAUGCGGUAUAGGUGCACAUUGUCAAGUUGUUAAUCAUAGUCCAUUAUGCAGCUGCCCAGCUGGUACUUCUGGUGAUCCCUUCAAGAGAUGCUUUGAAACUGUACUUUAUGAACCAGGACAGCCGGUGCAACCAUGUCAACCAAAUCCUUGUGGCCCAUACAGUGAAUGUCGUGCUCUUAAUGAAAAUCCAUCAUGCUCUUGUAUGCAAGGAUACGCAGGUGUACCUCCAAACUGUCACCCGGAAUGUCUUGUGAAUACGGACUGUCCUUCUCAUCAAGCGUGCAUCGCUGAAAAGUGCACAAAUCCUUGUGAAGGAUCAUGUGGAUUUAAAGCAGAAUGCCGAGUGCAAGACCAUAUUCCGAUUUGUAGUUGCCCAGUUGGAUAUUCCGGUGAUCCAUUCAUCCAAUGUUCUGAAGUUAUAAUUACACCAACACCUUCCCCAGAGCCUUGCAACCCAUCACCUUGCGGAAGUAAUGCUUUAUGUAAUGCUGGUCUCUGUACAUGUGCACAUGGUUAUUUCGGAGAUCCAUACGUCGGUUGUAGGCUUGAAUGCUCGACCAAUGGUGAAUGUUCACCUACGCGUACUUGUCAAGGAGGAAAAUGUGUUGAUCCAUGCCCGGGAGCUUGCGGUACUAAUGCUAUCUGCUCAAUCAACAAUCAUAUCCCGUCUUGUACUUGCCCACCGAAUACUUUCGGAGACCCGUUCACUUUCUGUACUGAAGUCGUUCACCAAGAUACACCUACUUCGGCGUGUUCUCCUUCGCCAUGUGGUCCAUACAGUGAAUGUUCCGUAAGCGCAAACGGUGCCGCUGCCUGCUCCUGUAAAUCAGGUCAUGUUGGGUCGCCUCCAUCUUGUAGACCUGAAUGCCUCGUUAGUGCGGAAUGCAAACUUCAACAAGCUUGUAUAGAUCGCCGUUGCCGUGACCCUUGUGAAGGUGCUUGUGGCCGUGGUGCGCGCUGCCAAGUAAUCGCACAUUCCCCGAUAUGUACCUGUAAUGAUGGUUUUACCGGAGACCCAUUCUCAUAUUGUUACCCGGCACCAGCCACCCCACCCACACCUAUUGACCCUUGCCAACCAUCACCAUGUGGACCAAAUUCGAUGUGCGUUAAUUCUGGUGAAACACCUGCGUGCAGUUGUCAUCCAGGAUUUAUAGGAACGCCUCCAAACUGUCGACCUGAGUGUACAAUUAGUGCAGAAUGCCCUGCCACUCUGGCGUGUGUUGGACAAAAAUGUAAAAACCCGUGUGAACAAGCUUGCGGUCCACGUGCUCUCUGUUCGGUGGUUGAUCAUCGUGCAACCUGCGCUUGUGAACCCGGAUUAGAAGGUGACCCAUUCCAGGGUUGUUCUCCAGCACGAGCUCCGCCAAAGAUUGAAUAUUUAAAUCCUUGUGAACCUUCGCCUUGUGGCGCGAAUGCAGUGUGUAAAAUCCAAGGAAAUGCCGGUUCGUGCACUUGUUUGCCUGAAUAUUUUGGUGAUCCAUAUCAAGGAUGUAGACCAGAAUGCUUAACAGAUUCUGAUUGUCCACUGGUAUCAUCUUGCAGCAGAAACAAAUGCAUAAAUCCUUGUCUCGGUGCAUGUGGUGUUAAUACUGAAUGUUUCGUUAACAACCACAAGCCGAUGUGCAACUGUAAGAGUGGUUUCACAGGAAAUCCAAUGACUAUAUGUUCCGCACUAAGAGAAAAUGAUGUUUACAUUGAAAAUGUUUGUAAUCCUUCACCGUGCGGUAACAAUGCAAUUUGUAAAAAUAUAAACGAACAGCCUGUGUGUUCCUGUUUGGCGAAUUUCAUUGGAUCUCCGCCAAAUUGUCGACCAGAAUGUAUUGUUAAUUCGGAAUGCAAACCUAGUAAAGCUUGUAUAAAUCAGAGGUGCAUCAAUCCGUGUCCAAAACCGUGCGGAAAGAACAGUGAAUGUAAGGUAAUCAACCACAGUCCCAUAUGCAGCUGCCGCCAAGGCUACAGUGGGAACCCAUUCACAAUGUGCAACCUAGUUCUUCAGACCUUACCAAGUGUAGUUGAAACGUCCAAUCCAUGCUCACCGUCGCCAUGCGGCCCAUACUCUGAAUGCCGUAACAACAAUGGAUUAGCAAGCUGUUCUUGCUUAUCAACCUACAUUGGGUCUCCACCGUUUUGCAAACCAGAAUGUGUUGUUAACUCGGAUUGUCCGAGUAACUUGGGAUGCAUUUCAGAAAAAUGUAGAGAUCCUUGUGAGGGCUCAUGCGGCUUAUUUGCGAAAUGCUUCGUAAAUAACCACGUACCGGUUUGUUUAUGCCCGGAAGGUUUUACGGGAGAUCCAUUCAGUCAAUGUGUGGAAAAGCCUGUGAAAGAAAUAACUCCAACUCUUCAAUUAGACCCAUGUCAACCAAGCCCUUGUGGACCUAAUACUGAGUGUAGGAAUGGCGUUUGUUCGUGUAUAAAUGGGUAUCACGGAGAUCCUAAUUUAGGUUGCCGACCUGAAUGCGUCUAUAAUGCCGACUGCCCCUCCGAUAAAGGUUGCCAGAAAAAUAAAUGUAUCAAUCCAUGUAUUGGCACCUGCGGAGUGAAUGCUAUUUGUGAUGUGAUGAACCAUAUUCCAAUGUGCUCUUGCCCCAAAGGAAUGGUCGGAAAUGCAUUUGUGGAGUGUAGAGCUGUUGCAGUGACAGCUACAAGCCCGUGUAGUCCAUCUCCUUGUGGACCUAAUAGUCAAUGUCAGCAAAGUAAUGGACAAGCAGUAUGUUCAUGUGUACCUGGAUAUAAAGGCAGUCCGCCUACUUGUAGACCUGAAUGCGUAGUCAGCCUGGAAUGUCCUCUUAAUCAAGCUUGCAACAACCAAAAAUGUCUUAAUCCUUGCAUUGGAGCUUGUGGCGCUGGAGCUGUUUGUGAUGUAAUUAAUCACAACCCAAUAUGCACCUGUCCUCCUUCGUUUACUGGAGACCCAUUUGUUAGAUGUUCAGUCAUAGUUGCGGUAGAACCAACGGUAAACCCGUGUGAGCCGUCACCUUGUGGUCCUAACUCUAUUUGUAAAAUAAGUGGAGAGAAUCCAAUUUGUGCUUGUUUACAAGAUUACAAAGGGACUCCUCCAAAUUGUCGUCCAGAGUGUAUCAGUAACAGUGAAUGCGAGUAUCAUCUAGCCUGUCAAAAUAAAAAAUGCAUUGAUCCGUGUCUUGGUACCUGCGGGUCUAACGCAGAAUGUAGAGUAGUUAGUCAUGCCCCAAAUUGUAUCUGUCAAGUAGGAUAUACUGGAGACCCUUUUGCUUACUGUAGUAUGUUAGCAGUAAUGGAUUACACAGAAAUUCUGACACCGUGCAGUCCUAGUCCCUGUGGCGCUAACGCUAUUUGUAGAGAACAAAAAGGAGUUGGAUCAUGUCAAUGUUUGGACGGUUAUUCGGGCAAUCCCUAUGAAGGUUGUCGACCAGAAUGUGUCGUCAAUUCCGAUUGUCCUCUUAAUAAAGCUUGUUCGAGGAUGAAGUGCGUCGAUCCUUGUCCAGGAGUAUGUGGUUCAAAUGCUUUAUGCCUAGUUAACAAUCAUAUGCCAACAUGCAUUUGUCAGCCGGGAUAUACCGGAAAUCCGUUCGGAUAUUGUACUAUUAUGCAAGAACCUCAAGUAUUGGAAACAAAUCCUUGUAACCCUACGCCCUGUGGUGCCAACAGUCAGUGCAAAGAAAUAAAUGGACAAGCUGUAUGUUCCUGUUUACCUUCAUUUAGUGGUUCCCCACCGAACUGCCGACCAGAAUGUGUUGUAAGCUCGGAAUGCCCACCGGAUUUGUCUUGCAGUUCACAAAAAUGCAUUAAUCCCUGCGAAGGCGCAUGUGGAGAAAACGCUCGCUGUAAUGUUAUUAAUCACAGUCCUAUUUGUGUAUGCAAGCAAGGAUUAACUGGAAAUCCUUUCACAAGAUGCUAUCCAAUAACAGGUUCUAAACCGCCUCAAAAUAUACCAAUACAAGAUCCGUGCAUCUCUUCGCCAUGUGGACCAUACGCAGAAUGUAGAAAUAUAGAACAUGCUCCAUCUUGCGCUUGUAAAUUGAAUUAUGUUGGAACUCCACCUAACUGUAGACCGGAGUGCACUAUAAACUCUGAAUGCUCUAGUAACCAAGCGUGUAUUAAUGAAAAGUGCCGCGACCCGUGUCUUGGUGCCUGUGGAAUUAAUGCUCAAUGCUCUGUAUUUAAUCAUGUCGCACAGUGUAGUUGCAUUGAACAACACACUGGAGAUCCUUUUACUCGUUGCUCACCUGCAAUAGAACAAGACGAAUUCUCGGAACCUGACCCAUGCAACCCGUCGCCCUGUGGAGGAAACGCAGAAUGCAAUAAUGGAAUUUGUACAUGUUUGCCUGAUUACCAAGGUGACCCGUAUUUUGGAUGCAGGCCUGAAUGUUUGCUCAACAACGACUGUCCUCAAGAAAAGGCUUGUGUGAAGAAAAAAUGUGUGGACCCAUGCUUUAAUACGUGUGGCACAGACGCAAUUUGCAACGUGUAUAAUCACUUGCCAAUGUGCUCGUGUCCAAAUGGAUUUACAGGAAAUGCUUUUCUACAAUGUCGACCUAUAAAGAAUAUUGAAGAAAUAAACCCAUGUAGUCCUUCGCCUUGUGGUCCAAAUAGUCAGUGCCGAGAAGUUAACGGACAAGCGAUUUGCUCCUGUUUCCCCGGAUUUUUCGGAGCUCCUCCAACUUGCAGACCAGAAUGCAUAUCGAGUGCUGAAUGUGCAUUGAACAAAGCUUGUUCUAAUCAACGUUGUAUUGAUCCUUGCAAAGGAAAUUGUGGUACAGCGGCCAUAUGUCAAGUUAUUAACCACAAUCCUAUAUGCUCUUGUCCACAACGAUUCACCGGCGAUCCAUUUUCGAGAUGUUCUGUUCAAGAAGAAGAAAUACCUCAAUAUGUAAAUCCUUGUGAGCCAUCACCUUGUGGACCGAACUCAAUUUGCAAAGAAGUUGGUAACUCGCCAUCUUGCGCAUGCUUGGAAACAUACUUAGGCCAUCCACCAAAUUGUCGACCAGAAUGUAUCGCAAAUUCAGAAUGUCCCAAUAGUAUGGCAUGUAUGAAUCAAAAAUGCAAGGAUCCAUGCCCCGGUUCUUGCGGAUCUAAUGCAGAAUGUAAGGUUGUGAGUCACGCGCCGCAGUGUAUUUGUUCCCCUGGUUAUACAGGAGACCCAUUCAUAGCUUGUUUAGUGCAAGACAUACCUUUGACGCCAUGUCAACCUUCACCUUGUGGUCCGAAUGCAAUAUGUAAGCAGCAAGGAAAUGCCGGCGCUUGUGUAUGUUUACCAGAAUAUUUAGGAAAUCCAUACGAGGGCUGUCGUCCAGAAUGUAUAGUUAAUUCUGACUGUGCAACCAAUCUAGCAUGUAUUCAAAACAAAUGUAAAAAUCCAUGUAACAGCGCUUGUGGCCUCAACGCGAUAUGUAAUGUCAUAAAUCAUUCACCAAAAUGUGAGUGUUUGCCGGGAUUAACUGGAAAUCCAUACCAAAACUGCUAUGAGCAAAGCGCAGAUACUCCUUCGGUUACGAAAAAUCCUUGUACGCCUUCGCGGUGUGGUCCCAACAGUAUAUGCAAGAUUAAUAAUGAACAGGCUGUGUGCACUUGUCAACAAGAUUUCAUUGGAACACCACCAUCAUGCAAACCCGAAUGCGUGGUCAGCUCUGAAUGCUCGCAACAACAAGCUUGUAUUAAAAAAAAAUGCAGAAAUCCUUGUGAAGGUGUUUGCGGACAGAACUCUGAGUGCAAAGUUAUCAAUCAUAGUCCCAUUUGCACAUGUCGUGUACAUUACACCGGCGAUCCAUUUAAUGGUUGUUCUAAAAUUGUUGCUGCUGAGAUUAUUCCUCUGCCAACAAAUCCAUGUCUACCAUCUCCGUGUGGUCCAUUUGCACAAUGUCGUGAUAUAGGUGGAUCGCCUUCAUGUUCUUGUUUACCUCUUUAUAUUGGCCAACCUCCAAAUUGUAGACCAGAAUGUACUAUCAACACCGAUUGUCCUAGCGAUAAAUCGUGCAUCAAUGAAAGAUGCAUAGAUCCGUGCCCUGGGUCGUGUGGAAUCUACGCAGAAUGCAGAGUUCAAAAUCACGUUUCAAUCUGCACAUGUCUUGAGGGUUACACAGGAGAUCCCUUUAAUGCAUGUAUACUGAAACCACAAAAAGACCCUGUUCCUUCUGAUCUUUGUAAUCCAUCACCUUGUGGACCAAAUGCCAUUUGCAAUGACGGGAUAUGUUCUUGUCUACCUGAAUUCCAAGGUGACCCGUACUUUGAAUGUCGUCCAGAGUGCACGAUAAGUUCAGAAUGUCCGAUGAAUAAAGCUUGUGUUAAAAAUCAUUGCGUGGAUCCAUGUCCGAAUACAUGUGGUACUAAUGCCAUUUGUCAAGCAAUAAAUCACAUGGCAGUGUGUACAUGUCCGGCAGGGAUGUCUGGCAACGCAUUUAUACAAUGCAACCCUAUAAAAGAAUUUUCCAUUGUAAACCCAUGUCAACCAAGCCCGUGUGGAGCAAAUAGUCAAUGCCGAGAAUUAAAUGGUCAAGCAAUAUGUACAUGUUUACCGGGAUAUCGCGGAACUGCGCCUUAUUGUCGCCCAGAAUGUGUGGCAAGCUCUGAAUGCCCAUCGGACAAAGCCUGUAGCAAUCAGAAAUGUAUUAACCCAUGCCAGGGAACUUGUGGUGUUGCAGCCCAAUGUCAAGUAAUACAUCAUAACCCCAUUUGUACGUGUUCUACAGGUUUUACGGGAGAUCCAUUUACACGAUGUACUGCUACGCCUCUCGAGUUACCUACGGCCCCUAUAAAUCCUUGUCAACCAUCACCGUGUGGUCCUAAUUCAAUUUGUCAAGAAAACGGCAGCCAAAUACCUUCUUGUCAGUGUAUGCCCGAAUACAUUGGUGCACCGCCGAAUUGUCGUCCUGAAUGUCUCGCAAACAGUGAAUGUGCUCCUCAUUUAGCCUGUAUCAAUAAAAAAUGCCAAAAUCCAUGUGAAAAAGCAUGUGGUACAAACGCUGAGUGUCGAGUUGUGAGUCAUACAGCGGUCUGCAUUUGUCCAGAAGGAUAUAGCGGUGAUGCAGCAAUUCAGUGUUCACAAAAUGCUGUUGUUCCAUUCGAAACACUUUCAGCUUGUGAACCUUCGCCCUGUGGAGCAAACGCAGAGUGUAUAGAACGGGCUAGUGCAGGUGCUUGCAUUUGCCGAAAAGGAUAUAUCGGAAAUCCAUAUGAUGGCUGUCAUCCAGAAUGUGUUGUAAGUUCGGACUGUCCGAGUAACAAGGCUUGCACAAGAAAUAAGUGUAUAGAUCCAUGUCCUGGUACAUGUGCAUCGAACGCUAAUUGCCAAGUUGUUAACCAUUCGCCUCUUUGUACAUGUAAAACGGGAUACAUUGGAGAUCCAUUCACCGCAUGCAAACUCGAACCUCAACUCGAUUUACCAGUUAAUCCGUGUCAGCCAUCUCCUUGUGGACCAAACAGUCAAUGCAAGGUUUCGAAUGGCCUGAGCAUUUGCUCAUGUUUACCAGAGUACAGCGGAUCGCCUCCAAAUUGUAGACCAGAAUGUGUUGUGAGCGCAGAAUGUCCUUCAGAAAAAACAUGCAGAAACAAAAAAUGUGUGUCACCAUGUCCCGACCCUUGCGGUCAAAACACGAACUGCAAAGUUAUUAAUCACAGUCCAAUAUGCUCUUGCCAAAGCGGAUACACUGGAGACCCAUUCUCACGUUGUUACCGUGUAACUAUCACGGAACUUCCACCUCAACAACAAAGAGACCCUUGUGUGCCUUCCCCUUGUGGGCCGAACUCCUAUUGUCAAGACCUAAGAGGUAUUCCCUCGUGUUCUUGUUUACCCAACUUCGAAGGGAAUCCGCCUAACUGCAGACCUGAGUGUACUAUCAAUGAAGACUGUGCCAGUAAUUUAGCGUGCAUAAAUCAAAAAUGUAAAGAUCCAUGCCCUGGUUCAUGUGGUAUUAAUGCUAACUGUCAGACUCAAAAUCAUAUAGCGAUCUGUUCAUGUAUCGAAAGCUUUACCGGAGAUGCUUUCACGCAAUGCAAACCAAUACCAUUUAUAGAAGAAAGUGAUCCCUGUAAUCCAUCUCCAUGUGGUAUAAAUGCUGAGUGCUCAAACGGAAAAUGUACCUGCUUUGAGGAGUACCAAGGUGACCCAUACACUGGUUGCCGACCGGAGUGCUUGGAAAGUUCAGAAUGUGAACGGGAUAAAGCUUGCAUUAAAAAUAAAUGUAAAGAUCCGUGUCCAGGAACCUGCGCGUCGAAUGCUGAAUGUAAUGUCAUCAAUCACAUACCUAUGUGUAGCUGUCCUGAACGAAUGACUGGCAAUGCAUUUGUAGAGUGCCGUCCAAUAAUAGAAGCAGUUAUAACGAAUCCUUGUGAACCAUCACCUUGCGGGCCUAAUAGUCGCUGCAGAGAUGUGAAUAAUCAAGCUGUUUGUUCAUGUGCACCAAAUAACAUAGGUUCUCCGCCGUCAUGUCGUCCUGAAUGUACAAUUAGUUCUGAAUGUCCUCUCAAUCAGGCCUGCAGUAAUCAACGUUGUGUGGAUCCUUGCAUCGGUUCAUGUGGUGUUAAUGCAGAAUGCAAAGUUGUAAAUCAUAAUCCAAUUUGUUCGUGUCCAACAUUUUACACAGGAGACCCAUUCUCAAGAUGUAUGAGGCAACCUGAACGUCUUCCUGAGCCAACGAAUCCGUGCGCACCAUCACCAUGUGGUCCAAACUCGGUUUGUCGAGAAGUAAACGGGGCGCCAUCGUGUAUUUGUUUAGAAGGAUUCAAGGGUCAACCUCCCUAUUGCAAGCCCGAAUGUAGUAGUAAUGAAGAAUGUUCUCCACACUUGUCUUGUAUUCGCAAUAAAUGUAAAAAUCCCUGUGAAAACGUAUGCGCUGUAAACGCUGAAUGUAAAGUUGUGAGCCAUUCGCCGGUUUGCGUGUGCCAAUAUGGUUUUACUGGGGACCCAUUCUUCGAAUGUAUUCAAGAACCCUUAUAUACAGAACCUAUCACAUCUCCCUGUUCGCCAUCACCUUGUGGAGCUAAUGCUAUCUGUAAAGAACGUGACAACGCAGGGUCCUGUUCAUGUAUCGAUGGUUACAUGGGUAAUCCAUAUGAAGGAUGUAGACCUGAAUGUGUAGUUAAUACUGAUUGCCCGUCAAACAGAGCCUGUGUUAAUUAUAAAUGCAAUGAUCCGUGUCCAGGAAGUUGUGGUACCAAUGCGGAAUGUCAGACUGUUAAUCAUGUGCCCUUAUGUACUUGUAUUAAUGGCUAUACUGGUGAUCCAUUUAGAUACUGUGUUUAUCAAGAUUCUCCAGUACUAGCUCCGGUUGACGUAUGUAACCCUUCGCCGUGUGGACCUAACAGCCAAUGUAGAACUAUUAACGGCCAAGCUGUGUGUUCCUGUUUGAUAGAAUAUGUUGGAUCUCCACCUAAUUGUCGGCCAGAAUGCAUAGUCAGCUCUGAGUGUUCGCACGACAAAGCAUGCGUCAACAAUAAGUGUGUAAAUCCUUGUCCUAAACCAUGCGGAGUCAAUGCUGACUGUAAAAUGAUUAAUCACAGUCCAAUUUGUUCAUGUAAAAAUGCUUACACUGGAGAUCCAUUUACUGUUUGCACCGCAAUAAAACAUGAACCUGUACCAGAUACGAGCGAUCCUUGCGUACCCUCCCCAUGUGGACCAUAUUCGCAGUGUCGAAACAUUGGAAACAAUCCGUCAUGUUCUUGUCUUCCAACGUAUACAGGCAGUCCACCUAACUGUAGACCAGAAUGUAUUAUACAUUCUGAUUGCCCUGGUGAUCGAGCAUGUAUUGGUUCCAAAUGUCUAGAUCCUUGUCCAGGAUCAUGUGGUAUUUCAGCUACCUGUAACGUUCAAAAUCACAUACCAAUUUGUACGUGCAUUGAGGGAUACAUAGGUGAUCCAUUCACCGAUUGUAAACCUAAACCCUUAGAAGUUGAACCAAGUGUGACAGAUGCUUGUACAAACAUAAGAUGCGGUUCCAAUGCUGAAUGCAUUAACGGUCAAUGUCAAUGCUUCCCGGAAUACCACGGUGAUCCUUACUUUAGUUGUCGACCAGAAUGUGUGUUUAGUAGCGACUGUGAUGAAACCAAAGCCUGUAUACUAAAGAAAUGUGUGGAUCCUUGCAUUGGAGCUUGCGGACAGAAUGCUAUUUGUCAAGUUUUCAAUCACAUUCCGAUGUGUAGUUGUAAUAAUGGCUUCACUGGUAAUGCGUUUGUCAGGUGCAAUGCAGUCAGAGAACCGACUAUCAAACAUCCUUGCAGUACAGCGGUAUGUGGUCCAAAUAGCCAAUGCCGAGAGGUACACGAUCAAGCAGUUUGUUCUUGUUUACCAUCGUAUUUGGGCACACCGCCCGCUUGCAGACCCGAAUGUGUAGUUAACGCUGAAUGCCCACAAAAUCAAGCUUGUAUGAAACAAAAAUGUAUUAACCCAUGCGCUGGUACAUGCGGUUCGAGAGCAUCGUGCGAUGUCAUCAAUCAUAACCCCAUUUGUACUUGUCCUGCUGGUUAUUCUGGGGAUCCAUUUGUAGAAUGCAAAGUUUUAUACAAUACACCGCCUGUUGUUAUUGACCCAUGUCAACCAUCACCCUGCGGACCUAAUUCUAUUUGUGAAGUCAAAAAUAACAAUCCAUCCUGUACAUGCAAAGAAGAAUACAAUGGACAACCUCCAUACUGUAAACCAGAAUGUAUAAGUAACAGCGAAUGUGCACCACAUCUUGCAUGCAUCAAACAAAAAUGUAGAGAUCCUUGUAUAAAAGCGUGCGGAACAAACGCAGAGUGUCGUGUUGUCAGCCAUUCGGCUAUGUGUAUUUGCCCACAAGGAUAUUUAGGUGACCCCUUCAUUCAGUGUUCUGUUAAAAUUGAAGAUGAAAUUCUUCCUCCAUGUUCUCCAUCACCUUGUGGACCUAAUGCGAUUUGCCGUGAACAUCACAACAUUGGUGCGUGCAUUUGCAAUGACGGCUACUUCGGUAAUCCUUAUGAAGGAUGUCGUCCUGAAUGUAUUUCUAACUCCGACUGCCCAGGCGACAGAGCUUGUAUCGGUAACAAAUGUCAAGAUCCAUGUCCAGGAACGUGUGGUAUUAACUCUGAAUGCACAACAGUAUAUCAUUCACCAACUUGCACAUGUAUUCAGGGUUACACUGGAGAUGCUCUCCGUCGCUGCAAUCCUAUUUUGCCUCAAGAAAAUAUUCAAGAAAACCUUUGUAUUCCAAAUCCAUGUGGAGCACAUAGUCAGUGUCGAGAAAUUAACGGUCAGGCGGUUUGUAGCUGUUUGUCCAAUUAUAUUGGAGAGCCCCCCUCAUGCAAACCUGAAUGCAUUUUAAAUUCAGAUUGUAACUCAAACAAGGCCUGCGUUAAUCAUAAAUGUAUUAAUCCUUGUCCGGGACCAUGUGGCGAAAAAGCUGAAUGCAAAGUGUUUAAUCAUAAUCCUAUCUGCAGCUGUCAUUCAGGUUUCACAGGAGAUCCUUUCACGCGAUGCUAUCCAAAACCAGUAAUACAAACCAUAUACGAGGAAAGAAACGACCCAUGCGUACCUUCGCCUUGUGGUCCACUCUCAAUAUGUAGAAAUGUCGGUGAUCAACCUUCCUGUUCCUGUGCUCCCGGCUACAUCGGUAGUCCUCCAAAUUGUCGCCCUGAAUGUGUUACAAAUCAAGAAUGUCAAAGUUCACUGGCUUGCAUCAACGAAAAGUGCAAAGAUCCUUGUCCAGGUUCUUGUGGUCAAAAUGCGAAAUGUUCAGUUAUAGAACACGUAUCUAUUUGCACCUGUCUGGAAGGCUAUAAGGGUGAUCCGUUUACUUCGUGUGCACCGCAACCAAUACAAGACCUGGUUCCAGCUGAUCUUUGUAAUCCAUCUCCUUGCGGAUCAAAUGCCGAAUGCAAUAACGGGGAAUGCUCAUGUUUACCCGAUUACAGAGGUGAUCCCUAUCUGGGAUGUCGACCUGAAUGCACGAUCAGUUCAGAUUGUCAAAAGAAUCAAAUAUGUGCUAAAAAGAAGUGUUUCAAUCCGUGUCCUGACACGUGUGGUCAGAAUGCUAUUUGUGAAGUCAUUAAUCACGUGCCUAUGUGCAGUUGCCCUGCAGGAUUUACUGGAAACUCUUUUGUUACUUGCAAUGCUAUUCAAGUACCCAUAGCGAUUAACCCUUGCAAUCCAAGUCCUUGUGGACCGAACAGCCAGUGCAAAGAAAUUAAGAAUGUCGCUGUAUGCUCUUGUAUACCAGGCUUUUCAGGAAACCCACCUACUUGCAGGCCUGAGUGUACCACAAGUGCAGAGUGCUCUUUAGAUAAAGCUUGCAAUAACUAUAAAUGCAUCAACCCAUGUAAUGGUGCUUGUGGCAUUGGAGCAUUUUGUCAAGUGGUAAAUCACAAUCCAAUAUGUUCGUGUCCAAACGAAUAUACGGGAGAUCCAUUUACUAGAUGUGUACUGAAACCUGCAGAAAUACAACCGCAAGUUAAUCCGUGCUCACCUUCGCCUUGUGGACCAAACUCAAUAUGCCAAAAUAAUAAUGAUUCUCCCUCAUGUUCCUGCCUACCGGAAUAUACUGGAGUACCCCCGAAUUGCCGUCCGGAAUGUACAAGUAAUAGUGAAUGUGGAAACCAUUUGGCGUGUAUCAACAAUAAAUGUGGAGACCCUUGUGUCGGCGCUUGUGGACAAAAUGCUGAAUGCCGAGUAGUCAGCCACACGCCGAACUGUGUCUGCCCGUCAGGCUUUAUUGGAGAUCCAUUUAUACAAUGUUCAAUACAACAAAUUUUACAUGAAAAUAUCACUCCGUGUGUCCCGUCGCCUUGUGGAAGCAAUGCUUUAUGUAAAGAACGUAACAAUGCUGGUUCGUGUGUUUGCUUACCUGGAUAUUUCGGGAAUCCAUAUGAAGGAUGCAGACCCGAAUGCAUAGUAAAUACUGACUGUCCUUCGAAUAGAAUUUGUCAACAAAAUAAAUGUCAAGAUCCAUGUCCAGGAACAUGCGCUGCAAAUGCUCAGUGCAACACAGUGAACCACGCUCCGAUAUGCACUUGUUUACCUGGCUUCACUGGAAAUCCUUUCCAAAGCUGUCUUAUCAUUCAAAACAUUGAAAUUGAAACGAACCCUUGCUCACCAAAUCCGUGCGGACCAAAUAGUAUAUGUAAAGAAGUAAACGAACAAGCAGUUUGCACAUGUUUGGCAGAUUAUCGCGGCGCUCCUCCAAAUUGUAGGCCAGAAUGUGUAGUCAGUGCUGAAUGUCCAACAAAUAAAGCUUGUGUCUCCUUGAAAUGUCAAGAUCCAUGCAUAGGACAGUGUGGUCUUAACACGAAAUGUCAAGUUAUAAAUCAUAGUCCUAUAUGUUCAUGUAUAGAAAGGUUUACAGGUGAUCCUUUUAGCCGAUGUUUUGCUUUAGUAUCUAGCCCACCUACGCACGAGGAACAACCAAAGAAUCCAUGCUUACCAUCGCCUUGUGGACCAUUUAGUGAAUGCAGAGAUAUCGGAGGUAUAUCCUCAUGUAUUUGUUUGCCUAAUUACAUUGGGGCCCCUCCAAAUUGUCGCCCAGAGUGUACAAUUAAUGCUGAUUGUCCUAGUAAUUUGGCUUGUAUGAACCAGAGAUGCAAAGAUCCUUGUCCAGGCUCUUGUGGUUUAAACGCUCAAUGUUUUGUCAAGAAGCACAUGCCGAUUUGCACUUGUCUUGACAAUUAUGAAGGAGAUGCAUUUACUGAAUGUAAACUUCAAGAACAAAUUAAUGAUGAAAUAGAUUUGUGUAAUCCAUCACCCUGUGGUCCUAAUGCCAUUUGUAAUAACGGAGAGUGUACAUGCCUUCCUGAAUACCAAGGAGAUCCGUUCUUUGAAUGCAGGCCUGAAUGUGUUCUGAAUUCCGAUUGUCCCCAAGACAAAGCUUGCCAAAAGAAUAAAUGUACAAACCCAUGUUUAAGCAACGCUUGUGCCGCUAAUGCGAUAUGCGAAGUUUUCAAUCAUGUUGCCAUGUGUAGAUGCCCAGAACGUAUGACAGGAAACGCAUUUGUUCUAUGCUCACACCUGGAAGUUGUCAAACCACAGCCAUGUCAACCAAGUCCUUGUGGUCCUAACAGUCAAUGCCGUGAAAUUAAUGGGCAAGCUAUAUGUGCUUGUUUCAUUGGAUUUGUUGGAAGUCCUCCAUCUUGUAGGCCUGAAUGUACAGUGAGCACUGAUUGUUCUCCCAACGAAGCCUGCAGCAAUCAAAAAUGUAUCAACCCAUGCCAAGGAACUUGUGGAGUGAACGCACAAUGCCAAGUUAUUAAUCAUAAUCCUAUUUGCUCAUGUCCAUCUUCUCUGACUGGAAAUCCAUUUGUAAGAUGCUUUGUGCAAGAGUUUAAGCCUGAGUAUAGUGAUCCGUGCACACCAUCACCUUGUGGACCAAACUCUAUGUGCCAAGAAAUUUCUGGAGCACCGUCAUGUUCCUGUCUUGAUGAAUAUAUUGGAAAACCACCUUACUGUAAACCUGAAUGUAUCAGUAAUACUGAAUGCCCACUACACUUGGCUUGCAUUAACCAGAAGUGUAAAGACCCUUGCCCAGGUUCUUGCGGAUUAAACACGCAAUGUCAUGUAGUAAGUCACUCUCCAACCUGUUCUUGUGAUUUAGAAUAUACAGGAAAUCCAUUCAUAGAAUGUCACCGCAUACAAAUAAUAUCUGAAGCAACAACUCCAUGUCAACCUUCACCCUGUGGUGCAAAUACUAUUUGUAAAGAAUUCAAUGGUGCUGGUUCAUGUGUGUGUUUGGAAGAAUAUUUUGGAAAUCCUUAUGAAGGUUGUAAACCAGAAUGCAUAAUUAAUACGGAUUGUCCUUCAAACAAAGCUUGUCUGCAAAACAAAUGUCAAGACCCUUGUCCAAGUGCAUGCGCACCGAAUGCAGUAUGCCAAGUAGUGAACCAUAACCCAUCUUGCUCGUGCGAACGAGGAUAUACUGGAGAUCCCUUCCGAUACUGUACACCAGAACAAAUUUUGGAAACGCCAAUUAACGUAUGUCAGCCCUCACCGUGCGGGCCGAAUAGUAGAUGUCAAGAAGUCAACAAACAAGCUGUAUGUUCUUGUCUACCAAAUUACGUUGGGUCUCCUCCUGGUUGUCACCCCGAAUGUGUAACUAAUGGAGAAUGUCCUAGAGACAUGGCUUGCAUUAAUCAGAAAUGCGGUAACCCCUGCCUGGAUGCCUGUGGAAUCAAUGCAGAAUGCAGGGUUAUAAAUCAUAAUCCAAUCUGCCAAUGCACAAUGCAUUAUACUGGAGAUCCAUUCACAAGAUGUAAUCCUAUACCCCCUCCAGUUGCUAAUGCUGAUUUAGAACCAUACAGAAAUCCCUGCGUUCCGUCACCCUGUGGGCCAAAUUCCAUAUGUCACGAAAUAGGAAACAUUCCCUCCUGCGCUUGUAUGGAUAAUUAUAUAGGAAAUCCACCGAACUGUAGGCCAGAGUGUAUAGUAAAUUCGGAAUGUCCAACAUCAUUAGCUUGUAUACAACAAAAAUGUAAAGACCCCUGUAAAGGAUCAUGCGGAUUAGGUGCCAUAUGUACAGUUUCUCGUCAUACACCGAUUUGUGUGUGUCCUGAUGGCUAUAUUGGAGAUGCCUUUACCAUAUGCCAGCCAAAACCACCAGAAGCAGAUAUUGUUGAUAAAUGCAAUCCUUCACCAUGCGGUUCAAAUGCCAUUUGUUCUGAUGGUGUUUGUAGUUGCAUAGAAGAACACCAAGGAGAUCCAUAUAUUGGAUGCAGACCUGAAUGUGUUCUUAGUACUGAUUGUCCUAGAGAUAAAGCUUGUGUUAAAAAUAAAUGCAUAAAUCCAUGCGUAGACACAUGUGCUUCUAAUGCCAUAUGUGACGUGAUAAACCACACGCCAAUGUGCAGUUGUCCUCAAGGCAUGACUGGAAAUGCUUUCUACUCUUGUGAUUUCAUAAAAGUGCCUGUUGUGACAAAUCCUUGCCUUCCAUCACCUUGUGGUCCGAACAGUCAAUGUCGUGAAAUAAAUGGGCAGGCUGUAUGUACCUGCAUCCAAGGUUAUAUUGGCAGUCCUCCUUUAUGUCGGCCAGAAUGUGUUGUGAGUUCAGACUGUCCUUCUGACAAAGCGUGCAGCAACCAAAAAUGUAUUAACCCAUGCGAUGGAUCUUGUGGAAUAGAAGCAAAAUGCAUGGUAGUUAAACACAACCCAAUUUGUACCUGUCCAAAUAAAUACACUGGAGAUCCGUUUACAAGAUGCGUGCCAUUUAGAGUACCUACAGCGGACGUGACGCCUUGUACGCCAUCUCCAUGUGGUCAAAAUUCAAUUUGCAAAGAAGUAUCUGGAACUCCAUCUUGCAUGUGCAUGCCAGAUUUCUUUGGUACACCGCCAUAUUGCAAACCUGAAUGCACUAGUAACAAUGAAUGUCCCGUUAACAAAGCUUGCAUAAAUCAAAAAUGUGCUGAUCCUUGUACCAGCGCAUGUGGACUUAAUGCUCUGUGUAGGACAAUAAGUCAUACGCCGACCUGUUUUUGUGAUAACGGUUAUACUGGUGAUCCAUUUACGAGAUGCUUUAUUGAAGAAAUUUUAUACGAACAUUCGUCACCAUGCGAACCCUCGCCGUGCGGACCUAAUGCUUUAUGCAAAGAACAUAAUUCAGCCGGAUCGUGUGUUUGUUUACCCGAUUAUAUUGGCAAUCCGUAUGAAGGUUGCAGACCAGAAUGUACCAUCAAUACUGACUGUGAACCUAGUAAGAGUUGUAUUCGCAACAAAUGCCAAGACCCAUGUCCAGGAACAUGUGGAGCAUUAGCAACGUGUGCCGUUGUAAAUCAUUUACCAACUUGCUCGUGUCUGGAAGGUUACACCGGAGAUCCGUAUAGAAGAUGUGAUAUUAUGCAAGUUCCAACAGCUAUAUCGAUCACACCGUGCGUGCCUAAUCCAUGUGGCCCGAACAGUAUCUGCCACACAGUUAAUAAUCAGAGCGCAUGUUCAUGUAUGCCUGAAUACGUGGGAUCACCGCCUGGUUGCAGACCAGAAUGUACAGUUAGCUCGGAAUGUCCACAGAAUAGAGCAUGUAUCAAUUUAAAAUGCGCAGACCCUUGUCCAAGUCAUUGUGGAAUAAAUUCCCAAUGUAAAGUCAUAAACCAUAGUCCUAUUUGUACUUGUAAACUAGGAUUUCUCGGAGACCCAUUCACAAGAUGUUAUCCUCAACCUGAAGAUAUACCAGUUACUAAGAAUCCGUGUUUGCCAAAUCCUUGCGGUGAUAACGCUAUUUGUAGAGAAAUAAACGGUUCGCCGUCUUGUGCAUGCAUACCGAAUUUCCUAGGAAUUCCACCAAAUUGUCGACCAGAAUGUGCUAUAAAUGAAGACUGUCCUUCUGACAAAGCCUGUUUCAAUAUGAAAUGUGGAGAUCCCUGUCCCGGAAGCUGUGGCCAAAACGCUGAGUGCUCAGUGUUCAAUCAUGUUCCAUCCUGUGCUUGUAUCCAAGGAUAUACCGGAAAUCCAUUUUCGGCUUGUUUCCUGAUGAAACCUAUUCAAGAUGAAAUACCAAAAGAUCCUUGCUAUCCGUCUCCGUGCGGAUUCAAUGCCCAAUGCAAUGAUGGAAUUUGUACAUGUUUAGAAGAGUACUUCGGUGAUCCUUACUUAGGUUGCAAGCCCGAAUGCGUGAUAAAUUCAGAUUGUCCCCUGAACAAAGUAUGUUCAAAGAACAAAUGUAUGAAUCCUUGUCCCGGAACAUGUGCACCUACUGCCCAGUGCAGUGUUUAUAACCACAUACCAAUUUGUACUUGUCCCGACGGUACAACGGGCAAUGCUUUUGUGGAAUGCCAUACUAUACAAGUUGUCCACGAGGAACCAUGCAAUCCGAGUCCGUGCGGACCAAGCAGUCAGUGUCGGUCUGUGAAUAACCAAGCAGUAUGCUCGUGCUUGCCAUCAUUCAUUGGAACUCCUCCAUCUUGUCGACCAGAAUGCAUAAUUAGCGCUGAAUGUCCUAGAAAUGAAGCGUGUAACAACCAUAAAUGCAUUAAUCCCUGUCAAGGUAGCUGCGGAUAUGGAGCUAAAUGUGAAGUUGUAAACCACAAUCCCAUAUGUUCUUGUCCACCACAGUAUACGGGUGAUCCGUUUACAAACUGCCAGCCGAUAGUGACAGCGCAAUUACCUCCUGUUGAUCCUUGCACGCCAUCACCCUGCGGUCCAUAUUCUAUAUGUAAAGUAAUCGCAGAAUCACCUUCUUGCACCUGUCAGCCGGAUUUCUCGGGAACGCCACCAAAUUGCCGUCCAGAGUGUGUCAGUAACUCAGAGUGCCCAAGUAGUCAGGCUUGUAUCAAUCAGAAAUGUAAAGAUCCGUGUCCAGGUAGCUGUGGUUAUAAUGCUGACUGCAAAGUUAUAAGUCAUGCAUUAGUUUGUUCUUGUCCAAAUGGUCAAACAGGAGAUCCACUUAUUUCAUGCAGUCCAAUACGCGAAACCUUCAUUGAAUACAGCACGCCGUGUGAGCCUUCGCCUUGCGGUCUAAACGCAGAAUGCACGCAGAAAGAUAACGCUGGCUCCUGUAAAUGCAUUGAUGGCUAUAUGGGAAAUCCAUACGAAGGAUGUAGGCCAGAGUGUGUUAUUAAUAGUGACUGCGCUCCUAUGUUGGCUUGUAUUCAAAACAAAUGUAAAAAUCCUUGUCCCGGAGUGUGUGCGCCAAACGCAAUUUGUCAAGUGGUUAAUCAUCUGCCAUCAUGUCACUGUCCACCUGGCUUAGCGGGUAAUGCGUAUCAAUACUGUGUUACUAAAGUUGAAGACGUUAAACCAACACCGUGUAGCCCAUCGCCAUGCGGUCCCAACAGUGAGUGUCGCGAAGUAAACUCACAAGCCGUAUGUAGUUGUCAAGCUGAUUUUAUGGGAACUCCUCCAAACUGUCGCCCCGAGUGCACCAUCAACAGUGAAUGCUCUGUUGUGAAAUCAUGUAUUAACCGAAAAUGUGUUGAUCCAUGCAUAGGACAAUGUGGUAGAAAUGCAAAUUGUAGAGUUAUUUCUCACAAUCCGAUUUGUUCUUGUCAAGAUCGAUUUACAGGAGAUCCGUUCACUAAUUGCGUCCCAAUUGCCAUAUCGAGUCUCGAAACGUAUCCUGAAGUUAACCCGUGUAUUCCAUCACCCUGUGGACCUAAUUCCAUUUGUCAAGAAGUAAAUGGAAAUGCCCGUUGUACUUGUGUACCUAAUUACAAAGGUUCUCCUCCCCGGUGCAGACCCGAGUGCACAAUAAACUCCGAAUGCAAUGCAGCAACGGCUUGCAUUAACAACAUGUGCUUGGACCCCUGUCCUGGGGCAUGUGGAAAUAAUGCUCAGUGUAUUGUAAACAACCAUUUGCCAAUAUGUUCGUGUUUGCCAGGAUAUACAGGAAAUCCAUUCAGUAGCUGUUUCCUGAAACAAGAAGAACAUGUUGACCUAUGUUCUCCCUCACCGUGCGGUUCAAAUGCUAUUUGCGAAGAUGGACUGUGCACUUGUAUACCAGAAUAUCAUGGUGAUCCGUAUUUCGGAUGUAAGCCAGAAUGUGUCCUAAAUUCGGACUGUGCUAGGGACAAGGCAUGUAUUAAUAGUAAAUGCAAAGAUCCAUGUAUUGGAACUUGUGGAACAGACGCAAUUUGUGAAACUAUUAAUCACAUUCCCAUGUGCUCAUGUCCAUCUGGUUUUACUGGUUCGCCUUUCAGUUAUUGCACACAAAUUUUAGAGCUACCCACGCCUGUCAAUCUUUGUGUACCGUCACCUUGCGGACCAAACAGUCAAUGCAGAGAGUUGAAUGGACAUGCCGUGUGUGUUUGUGUGAGUGGCUAUCUCGGAAGUCCUCCAAAUUGUCGCCCGGAGUGCAUAUUGAGCUCUGAUUGUAAAUUAAAUGAAGCCUGUUCCAACCAAAAAUGCAUAGACCCGUGUCCUGGAGCAUGUGGUCGCAAUACAAAAUGCAUUGUUGUCAAUCAUAACCCCAUAUGCACGUGUUCGCCUGGAUUUUCUGGAGAUCCAUUCUCAUCAUGCCAAAUUAUCCCUGCCACACCGCCUGCGAAGGUCACUCCGUGCCUACCUUCACCGUGUGGUCCAAAUUCAGAAUGUACAGAGAAUGGUGAAAAUGCAGAAUGCAAAUGUUUAUUAGAAUAUAUUGGCUCACCUCCUAAUUGUCGACCGGAGUGUACAAGUAACACUGAAUGUUCUCAAAAUAUGGCUUGUAUUAACAGAAAAUGUCAAAACCCCUGCGCAGGGGCAUGUGGUAUAAACGCUGAAUGCAGGGUAGUAAGCCAUACUCCCAUAUGCUUGUGUGAAAAUGGAUACUCAGGAGAUCCAUUCCUUAGCUGUAAUAUAAUAGUAUCAUCCGCAGUGGUGGAACGUCCGACACCUUGUAUACCAUCACCAUGUGGUGUUAAUGCUGAAUGCAGAGAACGGAAUGGUGUUGGAUCUUGUAUUUGUUUACCUGACUAUUUCGGAAACCCAUACGAAGCGUGUAAGCCAGAAUGCAUUCAAAAUUCUGACUGCCCUUCGAACCUUGCAUGCUACAAUAACAAAUGCAAAGAUCCAUGCCCGGGCACUUGUGGAAUUAACGCUCAGUGUAACGUCGUUAAUCACAAUCCUUCGUGUUCGUGUAUUGAGAAAUAUCAUGGAGAUCCAUACAAGAUGUGCGCAUUUAAAGCUGAAUCGGAAAUUUUAGACCCUUGCGAACCUUCGCCGUGUGGACCUAACAGCCAAUGUAAAUCUCAAAACGGCUUGGCGAUAUGUACUUGCAUGCUUGGCUAUCAAGGAACACCACCUUCUUGUCGCCCAGAAUGUAUCACUAGUUCAGAGUGCUCUCUAGAUAAAGUCUGUGAGAACUUUAAAUGCAAAUCGCCCUGUGAAAGAGCUUGUGGAUUAAAUACAGAAUGUAAAGUGAUAAACCACAAUCCUAUAUGUGUGUGUAAACCAAAAUACACAGGAGAUCCAUUCACAAUAUGUUAUGCAUUACCUGAGCAACAGCCACCCUUAAUGGAACCAACAGAUCCGUGUGUUCCUUCACCGUGUGGAUUAAAUGCGGAGUGUAGGGAAAUCGGUGGAGUUCCGUCUUGUUCCUGUUUGAAUGGAUUUUUCGGAAGUCCACCUAACUGUAAACCAGAAUGCAUACUCAAUUCGGAUUGUAGUAAUGACAAAUCGUGCAUAAAUAUGAAAUGUCAAAAUCCUUGCAUUGGUUCAUGUGGGCUAGACGCUUUGUGCAAUGUUGUGAAGCACGUUCCUGUUUGCUCUUGUCCUAGUGGUUACGAAGGAGAUCCAUUUUCCAUCUGUCACAUCAAGCUUCCAGAAUUACCACAAUCAGUAGAUCCAUGUCAGCCAACUCCAUGUGGACCCAAUGCUGUAUGCCACAAUGGCGUAUGUUCCUGCUUACCAGAGUAUCAAGGGGACCCCUAUUUUGGCUGUCGGCCUGAAUGUGUAUUGAGCACCGAUUGUCCUCUGGAUAAGGCUUGUUUCCGUUCAAAGUGUGUUGAUCCUUGUCGUGACAUGUGCGGAGUCAAUGCAGAAUGUAAUGUCUACAACCAUGUCGCUAUAUGUAGCUGCCCAAUGGGACAUACCGGAGAUGCAUUUACCCAUUGUAAAAUAAUUGAAAAACCAGCCAAUAAACCUUGUGAGCCUUCGCCUUGUGGACCUAACAGUGUUUGCAGAGAAGUAAAUGGACAGGCAAUCUGCGCUUGCAUCGAAUCUUUUAUUGGUAAUCCGCCAAACUGCCGACCUGAGUGUAUUCAAAGUACAGAUUGCUCUCCCUCAAAAGCUUGUAUAAAUAGAAAGUGCCAAGAUCCAUGUCCAGGAUCGUGUGGUCGAAACGCUAUAUGCAUUGUUAACAAGCAUAAUCCUAUAUGCAGCUGUCCUGCAAAGUACACAGGAUCUCCAUUCACUUAUUGUUACGUUCAAUUAGAAGAAGAGCCACAGUCUAAUCCAUGCGUACCAUCGCCUUGUGGACCAAAUAGUCUAUGUAAACCAACAGCUGACGGGAAAUCUUAUGUGUGCACAUGCCAACCAUCUUUUGAAGGAACUCCACCUCUAUGUCGUCGCGAAUGUACAACAAGUGAUGAUUGUUCGUCUGACAAAGCUUGCAUUAAUUACAAAUGUUCGGAUCCUUGCCCUGGCUCCUGCGGUUUGAACACGCUUUGCGUCGUUCGACUGCACACACCUAUGUGCUCAUGUGAAAACGGGUACACUGGAGAUCCAUUUUUAUCAUGCUAUCUGAUGCAGCCAGCACAUGAACCAGUUGAUCCUUGCAAUCCUUCACCUUGUGGCGCCAAUGCUCAAUGCAAAGAAACACGUAGCGGCGCAGUUGCUUGUAUUUGUGAAACUGGAUAUUUCGGAAAUCCUUACGAAUCUUGCCGACCAGAGUGUGUGGUUAAUACUGAUUGCCCAUUUAACAAAGCGUGCCUAAGAAACAAGUGUGAUGACCCGUGUCCCGGUGUUUGCGGCUCUACAGCAAAUUGUGAAGUUAUUAAUCAUGUACCAUCUUGCACGUGCGCGCCAGGUUACACCGGAAAUCCGUACACGUACUGUCAUAUCAUCAUUAAUGAACCAGUACCGAAACCGAAAAAUCCUUGUUUACCGAACCUCUGUGGCAGUAAUACUAUAUGUAACUACUCCAAUGGCCAAGUAUCGUGCUCAUGUAUGCCUGAGUUCUACGGCUCACCACCGAAUUGUCGUCCAGAAUGUACUGUCAAUGCUGAAUGUGAUAAAUCGAAAAGUUGCAUAAGACAAAAAUGUAUUGAUCCUUGCAUUGGAGUGUGCGGACAAAAUGCAGAAUGUAGAGUUAUUAACCACGCACCUAUAUGCUCGUGUAGUCUUGGAUUUGAAGGUGAUCCGUUUAUUAGGUGCAUGGAAAAGGAAAAAACACCUACGCCAAUUACCAAUCCUUGUAUACCAUCUCCUUGUGGAUCCAAUUCUAUUUGUCAAGCUGUAAAUGAAAUACCGAUGUGUUCGUGUGUAGAAAAAUAUAUUGGUUCGCCGCCGAACUGCAGAGCGGAAUGUGUCAUUAAUUCUGAUUGUCCAAGCACUGAAGCUUGCAUUAACCAGAAAUGUAGAGAUCCAUGCCCUGGCUCUUGUGGUCUUUACACAGAAUGUCACGUUUAUCAACAUUCAGCCAUAUGUAGUUGCAAUGAAGGGUACACCGGAAAUCCUUUCCAGAGCUGUCAAAUCAAGCAAAAUAUUGAACCUGUUCCAAGUACAUAUGAUAAUUGUAAUCCAAAUCCAUGUGGCGCAAAUGCUGAUUGCAAUGAUGGAGUUUGUAAAUGUAGAAAUAAUUACUUCGGUAAUCCCUAUCUUAGCUGCCGACCAGAAUGUACUCACAGUUCGGAAUGCGCAAAAUCUUUAACAUGUAUUAACAACAAAUGUACAAAUCCAUGUAUUAAUAUAUGUGGUGAAAAUGCCUUGUGUGAAGUAUACAAUCAUAUGCCUAUGUGUAGCUGCCCUCCAAAUACAACUGGGAAUGCAUUUUUCUCGUGUACACCGAUUAAAGUAGUAAUCCAGGAUACGAACCCUUGCCAACCAUCUCCUUGUGGUCCAAACAGCGUAUGCCGUGCACUUUCAGGACAAGUAAUGUGCUCUUGUAUAACUGGUUACAUCGGUACGCCACCAUCUUGUAGACCAGAAUGUUUAGUGGAUUCUGAUUGCACGAUUCUUUUGUCUUGUUCGAAUCAAAAAUGUGUAGAUCCAUGUCAAGGUUCAUGUGGAAUGAACGCUGAGUGUAGAGUUCACAACCACAAACCAAUAUGCUACUGUAGGAAUGGACUUACUGGUGAUCCUUUCUCUUACUGUAGAGUUAUUCAAAAAGAACCACCAAAAACCGCACCAUGUGAACCAUCGCCAUGUGGACCAAACUCUGUUUGUAAAUCAAACGGCGAAGAGCCACAGUGCCUAUGUCAAACUGGAUUUAUUGGGUCUCCUCCAUACUGUCGUCCAGAGUGUAUUUCUAAUAGCGAAUGCAGCUUCAAUAAGGCGUGCAUCAACAAUAAGUGCGACGAUCCCUGUCUUGGAGCAUGCGGUCCUAACGCUGAAUGUCGAGUUAUCAGUCAUUCACCACAAUGCACUUGCCAAUCUGGCUAUGAAGGAGAUGCAUUCAAUUUGUGCCACCCUAAACGAGACCACGAACCAGUCACACCUUCCGAACCUUGUGUUCCAAAUCCCUGCGGUCCGAAUGCUAUCUGUCAAGAACGUUAUAAUAUCGGCAGUUGUACUUGUGCGAAUGGUUUCUUCGGUGAUCCUUACGAAGGUUGCAGACCUGAAUGUAUUGUUAAUUCUGAUUGUGCCGAAAGCAGAGCUUGUAUAAACAAAAAAUGCCAAGAUCCUUGCCCAGGGCUUUGUGGAGUAAACGCUCAAUGCCAAACAACUAACCACGUUCCAUCAUGUACUUGUAUACAUGGAUAUGUGGGAAAUGCUUACGAAAGCUGUAUACUCAGAGAAGAAAAACCGACAAACCCAUGCUCACCGUCGCCUUGUGGUGCCUACAGUACUUGUAAAACUAUAAGCAACCAGGCAGUUUGUACGUGCUUGCCAGAUUACGUUGGAAAUCCGCCAAGUUGUCGACCAGAAUGUAUCAUUAGUUCGGAGUGUCCCUUGAAUAAAGCAUGCGUUCGUAAGAAAUGUGUAGAUCCAUGCAUAGGAACAUGCGGGGAAAAUUCAGAAUGUCGCGUACAUCAACACAGUCCCUAUUGUACUUGUCUGCCAGGCUAUGAAGGCGAUCCCUUUAUAAGAUGCUCUAAAGAAAUUUUAUCCACUCCACCUGUUGCCUCACCUUGUGAACCGAGUCCGUGUGGGCCAUUCGCAACAUGCAGAGACAUAAAUGAUUCCCCAAUAUGCAGCUGCAAGCCAGGAUAUAUCGGUGCUCCACCUCGCUGUGCACCAGAGUGUACUAUAAAUGAAGAUUGCCCUAACAACAAAGCGUGUGUUCGUGAAAAAUGUGUAGAUCCAUGUCUUGGAUCUUGCGGUACUCAUACCGACUGUCGAGCAAUGAACCACGUAGCUAUUUGUACUUGUCUUUCCGGAUAUCGAGGCGAUCCGUUUAUUGGUUGUUCAUACCAAGACAUUCAGCCACCGGUGUCAUUCGACGCAUGUAUUCAAUCACCGUGUGGUAUUAACGCGGCGUGUGACAAUGGAACGUGCACUUGCAUUAGUGACUAUCAUGGCAAUCCGUAUAUAGAAUGUAGGCCGGAGUGCACUAGUGACAAUGAUUGCCAAAAACAACUAGCAUGUGUCAACUAUAAAUGUAUUAAUCCUUGUAAAAAUGCUUGCGGGAUUAAUGCGGUCUGUAAUGUUUACAAUCAUAUUGCAAUUUGUGAAUGUCCUACGCCACUUCAAGGAGACGCUUUUAUAUCCUGUCAUCACGCGAUUGAGCCAUCAAUAUCAGAUCCAUGUACGCCUAACCCUUGCGGACCAAAUAGUAUUUGUCGUGCUGAAGGAAUCGUAGCGCACUGUUCAUGUCGGCCUCCAAUGUUCGAAGAUCCUCCAAGCUGUCGACCAGAAUGUCGCGUAGAUUCAGAGUGUCCACCUAACCGUGCUUGUAGAAACAACAGAUGUCGCGACCCGUGUCCAGGAUCAUGUGGUGCUUCUGCAAUUUGCCACAUUCGAUCACACUCACCUAUAUGUGUAUGCCCAGCAAACUACGUUGGAGAUCCGUUUAUUCAUUGUCUCCCAGCUAUUGAAGCAGAGCCUUCGACUCAAGCACCUCAAUCUUGCACAAACUGUGGACCAAAUUCGGACUGUAUAAAUGGGCUCUGUAGCUGUAAAUCGGGCUACGUUGGAGCGCCACCCUAUUGCCGCCACGAGUGUCUCAGUUCCAGCGACUGCGAAUGGCACCUUAUGUGUUUGAAUCUGCGUUGUGUAGACCCAUGCCGCGGAGCCUGUGGACAAGGCGCUCUUUGCGAAUCUCUUGCUCAUGAGCCUCAUUGUACUUGUCCUUCCUCCACUACUGGAAAUCCGUUCUUCGAAUGUCGGCCCAUCGUUACAACCCAGAAAACUCCGAAUGACCCUUGCAACCCAUCACCAUGUGGGCCUGGUGCUUUAUGUAGCGCUAGGGGAGCGAGUGCGUCAUGUGAAUGUGAGCCUGGACUCUUCGGUGACCCAUACAGUGGAUGCCGCCCAGAAUGUGUAUCAGACUCGGACUGUUCACCUUCUCGUGCGUGCAUGCGUUCUCAUUGCCGGGAUCCCUGUCAAGGAACUUGUGGUAUAGGAGCUGACUGCGAAACUGUCAACCACAUUCCUUUAUGUUCUUGUCCAACAGGAACUAGAGGAAAUGCUUUUGAAAAGUGUGAAAAGAUUAUUACAGCACCACCUUGCAACCCCUCACCGUGUGGACCAGGUGCUGUGUGCACUACAUCAGGAAGCAGUGCCAUAUGUUCAUGUCCAAGUGGAACUUAUGGAGAUGCUAAAUCGACAGGAUGCAGACCGGAAUGUGUUGUUAGCUCUGAAUGUCCACGUGAUAGAGCAUGUGUGCGCAACAAAUGCAUUGACCCAUGUAUUGGAACAUGUGGAAAUGGCGCGAUGUGUCGAGUAUUUGAUCACGCACCAAUUUGCUCUUGUCCACCGACUACUACCGGGAAUCCAUUUACAGAAUGCACUUUAAAAGAUGUCACUCCACCUACUUUUGACCCUUGCGACCCUAACCCUUGUGGAAUUCAUGGAACUUGCCGCGACGGACAAUGCAUAUAUCCAGAGUGUAUCGUGAAUGAUGAUUGUCCCGGUGACCGUGCGUGUAUCAACAGGAAAUGUGCCGAUCCGUGUGUAAAUGCUUGCGGUAUAAACGCCAUUUGUACGGGCAUCAGACAUACAGCGGUAUGCUCUUGUCCAUCUGGAUAUACGGGGUCUGCGUUUGUUCGAUGCGAACGUAUAAUUAUUGACCAGCCAACUCCACCGACACCUGAAUGUGUAAAUGAUAAUCAAUGUGCUGAUGAUGCCGCUUGCGUUGAUUCACGAUGCUCACCAGUCUGCGGAUCCAAUAAUUGUGGCAUUAAUGCCCGUUGCUUGGCUAAACAACACAGAGCACGUUGUACAUGUUUACCGGGCUAUGAAGGUGAUGCUUACACUGGAUGUUACUCGGUGCAAUGUCACAGCAACAACGAUUGUCCAGAAGACGAAAGUUGUGAAGGCGCUUCAUGUGUGAAGGUUUGUUCACGCGUUCGUUGCGGAAUCGAAGCGCGAUGCGUCGCAAGAGGUCACACCGCAUCAUGUGAAUGUAACCCUAGCGCAAGAGGAGACCCUUGGACCGAAUGUCACAUAGCCGAAUGUAAUGCAAAUGAAGAUUGCCCAUUAUGGUUAGCCUGUAAAGCGAAUAAGUGUAAGGAUCCUUGUCCUGGAGCUUGUGCACCUGGAGCCGUUUGCACAGUACUACGACAUCAACCAACAUGCGAAUGUCCUCGAGGAACAAAUGGCAAUCCUAAAAUAGAAUGUCGACAAGUGGCAAACGAAGAGGAAUGCCAAUACGAUGCUGAAUGUGGACCAGGUCUGGCAUGUCUACAAGGAAACUGCAAAAAUCCGUGCGAACCAACUUCGUGUGGAACACGAGCCGUCUGUCGCGUUGCUAAUACUCUACCUUUCCGCACCCUGGUUUGCGAAUGUCCGAAACCACUCACUGGGGACGCAUCUCUACAAUGCAAUCCAAGAGGAGAAUGUACGUCAAACGACGAUUGUAGUUCAGAAGAGAGCUGCAUAAACAAGCGUUGCGUGAACGUUUGUAGCAACGGCGCCUGCGGUGUAGGUGCUGAAUGCCGCGCUCAGUCUCAUAGAGCUAACUGUGUCUGCGUACCACCAUUACAGGGUGACCCACGUGUAGCUUGUAUGCCUAGUACCCCGACUGCAGAAUGCGUCGUAGAUUCAGAUUGUGGUAGCGCCGAGGCAUGUGUAUCACGACGAUGUGUUUCGGCAUGUAUUGGAGCUUGCGGGACGGGUGCAUUGUGUGACGCUGCGCAGCAUAGAGCACGCUGUCACUGUCCACCGGGGACUGCUGGAGAUCCUGCAAGAAUAUGCUAUACACCUGAGUGUACAUCUGAUGACAACUGCCCAUUCGAUAAAACGUGUUUCAAUGGAUACUGCAAGGAUCCUUGUGGUGUGGGCUCUCCGUGCGGACGCGACGCAAGCUGUGAGGUUGUAGCUCACGUCGCCACUUGUCGCUGUCCACCCGGUACGCAGGGCGACCCUCGUCGCGCCUGUAUCUCAGCGGCCUGUCAUUAUAAUGAAGACUGCGAUGAUUCACAACUCUGUAAUCGUCUCAACCGCGUCUGCCAAUCAGCGUGUACAGACAACUCUUGCGCUCCUGGUGCUUCAUGUACAGGAGAGAAUCACCGCCCCACCUGCAAGUGUAUUCCUGGAUAUAUUGGUGAUCCAUAUCAACGUGGAUGUACAUUUGCCCAAGAUACCACUGAAUGUACAACGGAUGCUGAUUGCUCAGCGCCUUUAGCCUGUGUGGACGCACGCUGUAUCGAUCUCUGCCUGAAUAAUCCGUGCGAUAGUGGUCUCAUAUGUAGAACAGUUGAUGUGCUUCCUUUACGAGCAGUUGCUUGUGUAUGCCCUGAUGGAGGUCGAGCUGCACCGGAUAGUGGCUGUCGCACACCACCAGAAGUAGAAUGUUCCGUGGACUCGGAUUGCGCUAGUAGUCAAAUGUGCUUCCGUGGUAGUUGCGUCGAAGCCUGUAAAGCUGAUCCAUGUGGACAGAACGCCCUAUGCGAUUCGAUUGAUCAUGCAUCACGUUGCGUUUGUCCACCUGGAUACAACGGAAACCCAAGAUUUGAAUGUAACACAGUGCCACAAGAACCAAUAGUUUGGGAAUGCUACGAAGACAACGAGUGUGGACCUGAACGCGCCUGUAUCAAACGAUCAUGUGUCAAUCCGUGUAUUGAUGGUUGUGGUAUUGGAGCUCUAUGUCGGGUGAUUGAUCAUAAGCCACAGUGCUCUUGUCCAAACGGUUUUUCGGGCGAUGCAUACAUUCGAUGCUUACCACCAUCCGAGAAGUCUUUUAUUCCACUUGGUUGCAAAGCUAAUUCAGAAUGCCCAUUAUCUCAAGCCUGUAUUAAUGGUGCUUGUGCCGACCCAUGUGCUUGUGGCGCACAAGCUGAUUGCUCAAUUGUGAGACAUCAUCCAGUUUGUUACUGUAAACAAGGCUAUUCUGGAAAUCCCUAUAUUGGAUGCACUAAAGUUGGGUGCGACUCAGAUUCUGAAUGCUCGGACAGCGAUUUAUGUUACAACGGAGCUUGCCUUAAUCCUUGCCUAAUAGAUACCCCGUGUGCUAUUAGUGCUGAAUGUUAUGGCGUUAACCACCGUGCAAGUUGUCGUUGCCCAUCUGGCACUGUUGGAAAUCCAUUCACGAGAUGUAUAGCAGCUGAAUGCGAAACAGAUAAUGAUUGCAAUGAUGAUAGUGUUUGUGCGAAGGGAACGUGUUACAAUGCUUGUUCUGUCAACGGCAUUAGCUCUUGUGCAGAUAAUGCCGAAUGUUUCUCGCGUAACCAUGCGGCAUCGUGUAGAUGUCCACCAGCUUUCCCGAUCGGAGAUCCUUCUGUUCAUUGCCAAAAAGCGACGGUAUUAAACGAACCUGAGUGUAUAAUGGACGGUGAUUGCCCCAGCGGUCACGCUUGUCUCAAGGAUGAAUGCCGUGAAGCUUGUUCCGAACUUAAGCCGUGCAAAGGAAAUUCCCGUUGUUCAGUUUCAGACAGUAUACCGUUCCGAACUCUGAUUUGUCGUUGCCCAGAAGGCUUUGUACCUUCUGAAGAUGGUAGCUGCAAGCCGGCCAAUUUACCACCCCUUGGUUGCUCUUCGGAUAAUGACUGCACAGACCAAGAGUCUUGUGUUAACAGAAAUUGCAGAAAUCCAUGUAACUGUGGUGAUAACGCGGAUUGUUUUGUUAAAGAUCAUAGACCUAUUUGUUCAUGCCGUAAUGGAUACGAAGGAGAUCCUUACCGCACUUGUCGCGUUGUGGGUUGCCGUACAAAUUCAGAGUGUGACACCCGAGAAGCUUGUAUAAAUGGAAAUUGUAUAAAUCCUUGUUUAACAAACAGCACAUGUGGACCAAAUGCCGAAUGCUUCGUUCAAAAGAACCAACCGCUGUGUCGUUGUCGUGUUGGAUUUGAAGGAGACGCCUAUUUAGGUUGUAAUGCGAUAGAAUGUAGAUCAAACGGAGAUUGUCCACGUGAUAAGCAAUGUAAAGCUCACAGAUGUAUUAAUCCUUGCUUCAUUGACAAUAUAUGCGGUACGCACUCUAAUUGUCUGGUUCGUAAUCAUUUAGCAGUAUGUAAAUGCGACCAAGGAUAUGGCGGAAAUCCAUACAUUGAAUGUAAGCCGCAAUUUGCUCAAGAAUGCUACGUCGAUGCUGAUUGUCCGUCAAGAGCAGCCUGUUUGUCUUCCAGAUGCGUUAACCCUUGCACGACAUUAAAACCGUGCGCUAAUCCUGCUACGUGUGAGGUCUCACCGACAUUGCCAGUGCGUACAAUGCUAUGUACUUGCCCACCAGGUUUUGUGAGCAACGGUGGAGGCAUAUGUCGCCCAGUCAUUGAAUUCUUUGAAUCGACUUGUGAAAUUGAUAGCAACUGUACAUCGAACCAUGCUUGUAUAUCAUCUGUAUGUAAAAAUCCUUGUGAUUGUGGACCAAACACUGACUGUAUUAUGAAAGAUCACAAGCCUGUUUGUGCUUGUCGACAAGGCUUUAUAGGGGAUGCUUCGUCAGGUUGCUAUGAAAUACAAUGCCAAUCUGAUUCUCAUUGUGCUGACGACGAAACGUGUAUAAAUAGGCGUUGUGUCCCUGCUUGUUCGGUAAAUGCUAAUACGUGCGGGCAAUCGGCUGAAUGUUAUGGAUUAGAACAUCGUGCAUCCUGUCGCUGUAAGAUCGGUACAGUUGGAAACCCAUCUAUAGCUUGCACUCCCAUUGGCUGCAGAACUGACACAGAUUGUCCAUCUGAUAAAUCAUGUAUCAAUUCCAAAUGUGAUACGCCCUGCAAUGCAGAUAUUUGCCAGGAACCAGCUCAGUGCAAGGUACAUUUACAUCAAGCUCAUUGCGCAUGUCCUCCGGGAUUCACCAAUACAGGGAAAGAAUGUAGAAAAACUGAAGGACCACAAUGUAUAAGUGAUAUAGACUGCCCUUCGGGAACAGGAUGUCUUAAUUAUAGAUGUGUCAACCCAUGCCUGGUAUCAAACCCAUGUAGUGAAAAUGCGCAGUGCAAGAUUGUAGACACCAUGCCUGUAAAAACCAUGGUUUGUGAAUGUUUGCCUGGAUACAAAGGAAAUGCAUUACAAGAAUGCAAGCCAUAUCAAACUGUUGCUAAAUGCAUCGAAGGUCAAGGAUUAGACUUGUAUGGUGAAUGUAUUCCUUGUCGACCAGCAGAAGGACGUAUUAUAGAUUCUAGGGGUCGAUGCGUUUGUGACUCGGAACGUGGUUUUAUAAUUCAAGGAGAUAAAUGCGUUGCUGGCGGCUGCCGCACUGACGACAAUUGCGCAGAUAAUUCGCGAUGCAUUCGCGGUCAAUGUGUAGAUGCCUGCAAAGCUGAGCCUUGUGGUAUUAACGCAACCUGUGAUGCGGUGGGGCAUCGCUCUCAUUGCACUUGCAUUGCCGGCUACACUGGAAAUCCUAGAAUUCAGUGUAAUGCAACAACAACAAUGUACCGAACCGAUUUCCCAACACCAGAUAUUCAGGUCGAAUGUUUGGCUGACGGAGUUAGAGUCCGACUUAAGAUUAAAGAUUUCAACGGCCUUUUGUACGUAAAAAGUUACAGUAAGGAUGAGAGAUGCAGGAAAGUUGUAGAGAUGCCUAAAGACGAAGAAAGUUUUGUUUUCUUCACUGUACAUUUCGGAGAUUGCGGCCUUGUUCAUGUCAAUGGCUUAGCAAGCUUCGUUCUAGUAAUGCAAACUCAUCUGAAACUGGUAACAUCAACCACAAAAGCAUUCCACAUCAAAUGCAUAUACAAAACUGGUGAACAAAACGUAACUCUUGCAUUCAAUGUGUCCAUGUUAACAACAGCAGGCACAAUCGCCAAUACCGGCCCUCCGCCUACUUGCUCCAUGAGAAUAAUUUCACGUUCUGGAGACCAAGUCAGUUCCGCAGAAAUAGGAGAGAACCUCGUUUUACAAGUUGAUGUCCAACCAUCUAGUAUCUACGGAGGUUUUGCACGCAGCUGCGUUGCAAAAACAAGUGAAGUAUCAACUAACGUAGAAAAUGAGUAUCUUGUAACAGACGAGGACGGUUGUGCUAAGGACCCCGCUAUUUUCGGUGAAUGGGAACGAAGCGAGGACGGCAGCGCGUUGCGUGCCGCUUUCAAUGCUUUCAAGUUCCCCAGUAGUGACAAUAUACGAUUCCAAUGCAACAUUCGCGUCUGCUUUGGAAAAUGCGUACCGGUUAACUGUCGCGGUUCGGACGCAUACGGUAAACGAAGAAAACGAGAAGUGACCGACGAAAGCACCGCUUUGACGAUGCCGGUAGGUCAACUUCGAGAGGAGGUGACCGUCGAAUCGAACCAAAUACUAACGACGCAGCGACGCGAACCGUCACAAGUGGCUCGGCAGCGUGAUGGUACUGGUGCAGAAGGUGCCAGUCAGAGCAGUGGAGAAGUGUGCGUGUCAGCAGCCGGACUCGCGGUCGCAUUGGCGCUGACCGCAUUACUGGCGUUAGUAGCCGUGGCGGCUGCGGUCGCUUGUUGGCUCGUAGCCUGGAGACGUGCACGUCCUCCUCCAGCACCGCUUCCACAUCCGCCGGACUUCCCCAAUCCGCUGUUCCAGCGUUGAAGUACGCCACGCACCUUCCUAGUCCCGUACCCCGCUCCUCCGUCGGCGCCGGGCGGUGUCGGCUCUUUUCUUCUUAAUCCUCAGCUUUAAUCAUUGCGUGCUGUCGGAGGACCGCCGGGCGAGGACGUCGCGAGCGCUGCACACCUUCGGGUGGCCCCUCGCUCGCGCUCACGACGCCCUCCGUUUAAAAUAAUAUAGUAAUUAUUCUAAGAAUAUAAUUUUAUAUCGCCUCCUCUGAAUUUUGUGAUAUUCAUGAUAAAAAUGUUCGAAAUCACCAUAAUUUUUGUAAUAUAAAAUCGAAUAUUUUCUAAAUAUAAGCAAUUAAUAAAAAUAAAAA